AAGCUCGCCAUUAUCUUGUAAAUAAUGAUGUUGUUGUGGGUUUAUUUUCCUGUAAUAAUGAAUAAAAAGUAGCUUAAGUUAAGACGUUGUCAGCUAUACUCUGGUCAUUAUUUAAACUAGCUAACCAGCUAGCUAACGAGCUAGCUAGCAACAAACCAAAAUAUUGUUUAUAAAAUUGCUUUUAGUUGCCUGGCUUGCUAGCUUGACAUUUACUGAAUUCAGUUUUAAACGGAUGGGUUUAUUGGUGAGAAAGUAUGCUAUUUGGAGCACCGGCUGCUGAUGUCAUGCAGCCUGUCGUUUCUGUGUUUAUACUUUUUCACAACGACAAUAGAAUGUUCAUGAUGUCACUAUGACAAUUGUCUACAGACAUGUCGAUAGACGGACUUAACUGUUUAAAUGUCUCCAUAGGAGUGGCAGUGUGUCUGGUCUGACUCUGAAGCUGAUCAAGACCUCUGUUAGUGAGAUGCUGGAGACUCUGUCUGAUGAUGACUAUGUCAACGUGGUUUAUGUAAGUAUAUAUACAUACAUACAUACAUACAUACAUACAUACAUACAUACAUACAUACAUACAUACAUACAUACGUACAUACAUACGUACACACAUACGUACAUACACUAUCGUUCAAAGUUUGUGGUCACUUAGACAUUUCCUUGUUUUCGAAAGAAAAUCAAUUUUUUUGUCCAUUGAAAUAACAUCAAAUUGAUCAGAAAUACAGUGUAGACAUUGUUACUGUUGUAAAUGGCUAUUGUAGCUGGAAACUGCUGAUUUUUAAUGGAAUAUCUACAUAGGCGUACAGAGGCCCAUUAUCAGCAACCAUCAGUCCUGUGUUCCAAUGGCACGUUGUGUUUGCUAAUCCAAGUUUAUCAUUUUAAAAGGCUAAUUGAUCAGUAGAAAAACCUUUAGCAAUUAUGUUAGCACAGCUUAAAACUGUUGUGCUGAUUAAAGAAGCAGUAAAACUGUCCUUCUUGAGACUAGUUGAGUAUCUGUAGCAUCAGCAAUUGUGGGUUCGAUUACAGACUCAAAAUGGCCAGAAACAAAAAACUUUAUUCUGAAACUCGUCAGUCUAUUCUUGUUCUGAGAAAUAAAGGCUAUUCCAUGCGAGAAAUUGCCAAGAAACUGAAGAUCUCGUACAACGCUGUGUAACCAGAAUAGAAAGAGGAGUGGGAGGCCCCGGUGCACAACUGUGCAAGAGGACAAAUACAUUAGAGUGUCUAGUUUGAGAAACAGGCGCCUCACAGGUCCUCAACUGGCAGCUUCAUUAAAUAGUACCCGCAAAACACCAGUCUCAACGUCAACAGUGAAGAGGCGACUCCGGGAUGCUGACCUUCUAGGCAGAGUUGCAAAGAAAAAGCCAUAUCUCAGACUGCCCAUCUUAAUCUUUUCUUUUUAUUAACCAGUCUGAGAUAAUACUGAUUUAGCCCACUGCCGUAAAAGGUUAAAACUUGUAGUAUAUUUGAGGUUUUAAAAAUAUUCUGAAGUUUGUAAUUUCCACUUUCAGACUUGAUUUUCCUUUACGAUAAAUGUAUUCAUUUCUACCAAGAUGUUGAUGAACUAUAAUCCACAUUUCCUGUUGAGAGAGACAGAGAGAGAGAUGGUUGAGAAGAUAUGAAAUAUGGAUUUUCUGCCUCUCUUUUUAAAAUCAGGUCAUUAAUUAAAUGCCCUCUGCUCCAUUUGGGGAGUGUGAUUAAAACUGCCCAGGACCACUCAAUGUGUGGACAGGGGAUUAAACCUCCCGCUACACCCAGGAUCUCAUAGUUUCCCUUCAAAAUUUGAAGUAUUAUGGACAAACAUCUAUUUUUGAUGCACUAAUUCUGCGUGGUUACUGGGUUAAAACAGAAACAACUCAAAGGUUAACAGUUUAGACAUUAAUUCCAAGUGGUUAAGGUUUGAGCUAUGGUUUGGGGAAGGCUCUGCAAAUCAACUGACCUCAUACACUCUUAGAAAAAAUGGUUUUUCGGCUGUCCUCAUAGGAGAACCCUUUAUGGUUCAGGCAGAAGCCUUUUGGGUUCCAUGUAGAGCCCUCUGUAGAAAGGGAUCUACAUGGAACCCAAACAGGUUCUACCUGGAACCAAAAAGGGUUAUUCAAAGUGUUCUCCUAUGGGGACAGCAGAAGAACCCUUUUAGGUUCUAGGUAGCACCAUUUAUUCUAAUAAUGUACCAUCAAGUAUAAUCAAGUAUUCUCACGGCUUGCAAGAGCAGUGGUCUGAACAGGGUGCUUCGGUGCUGAGUAUUAUGAGUUUGCACGCAGUGGUGGGCAAUUUAUGUGAGCGCCGAGGAAGGCAUAUACCGAUGCUCUCAGGACCUUUUCAAACGUCCGAAAUCAAAGUCUAUUCCUAGUGAUCAGGCUGCUACACCAGCCCUAGAGUGCCAUUCAGAGAACCAUGGGAAAUACUUAUUCAUCACUCUCUCUCUUUCUCCAUCUCCCUCUCCCUCUCUCUUUCUUUAACUCUCAAAGAUUAACUCAGAUUACACUCAACUAGAACCAACUAGAAAACAAUAGAACCCUGUUUGAACCCAGAGGUUGACAACAACACUAACACAUUAAUGCACCAUGUUAAAAACAACACUAAUGCAAAAUGUUUAACAACACUAAUAAACCAUUUCCACAGUAAGACAUUCUACAGUUGUGUUUACAUGCACACUUAGAAACCAGUUGCAGUCUCUAACAAGGCUGGUGUAUUGUCAUCAACUGGUACAGCUUGUGUCCCCCUAGUACCACAUCAUGCGCAGAAACACACACACACACACACACACACACACACACACACACACACACACACACACACACACACACACACACAAAACACCCUCCUCCUGUCCUGUGGGUGUUGUAACCUGACAUUAAAUCAUUUAUCUCUAAUAUUACCCAUAAAUCCCCACUUAUUAACAGCAGCCUAGGGACUAAGCUGACAUUUCGACACACACACAUCCCUUACAUUGUCAGAUGAAUACAGAUGUCUUUGUCUUAGUGUGUGUGUGUCCAGCUUUUUUACUAGCCAGUUCACUGUUGUUAGCUAGCCAGUUGCAGAUAGGCUGUCCUGUGGUCUAAAUGAACAGGGAGGCUGUAUAGACUGGGAUUAGGGAGUAGAGUAGUCCCACGGGGGGCCAAUAUGAAAAAAAAAAAAAAAAUGUAUGCACUCACUAACUGUAAGUCGCUCUGGAUAAGAGCGUCUGCUAAAUGACUAAAAUGUAAAUGUAAAAAUGUAGAGAUUAGCUCUCUGCUCAGUGUCAUCUGCAAUCCAACCUCAACCCAACCCAUUACACACACACACACACACACACACACACACACACACACACACACACAAACACACACGCAGACACACACUAGGGCUCCGCUAAUAAAAUCACAAGGGAAGAAGGGAAAUACAUACAAACACACACUGAAACACAUUUUUGAUGGACAUACCAGUCCUGGGUUGAGGUAGUAUUUUUUCUUUCAAAUAUUUUGAGCGUUUAAAAAAUAAAUAUACUGUAUAAAGCCUUUGAUUGAGCCUGCCUGGAGUGCCAGAUAGGCGGGUUUGCAGGUUCCACUUGUGGGACUAUUCCAUUGGUUCCAUUCUGCCAUGCAAGCUCAGUCAUUUACAUGAAUAUUCAGCAUGCUCACUAAAUUGUCUGAUGCAAUGGAUAAGGCUGUGAAGUGUCUCCUCGCAUGGAUUCUAGCAUUAAUUAAUUAGACCCUUGGAAGAGGAAUGGGGCGGCAGGUAGCUUAGUGGUUAAGAGCGUUGUGCCAGUAACCGAAAGGUCGCUGGUUCUAAUCUCCGAGCCGACUAGGUGAAAAAUCUGUCGAUGUGCCCUUGAGCAAGGCACUUAACCCUAAUUGCUCCUGUAAGUUGCUGUGGAUAAGAGCGUCUGCUAAAUGACUAAAAUGUAAAAUGAAUGCUGUCUCAUUUACACACCUUUCUCUCCCUCCCACCUUCCUUGUCACCCUCCUCUCCUCUCCUUUUAAUAGAUUACGUGAUAAAAGAGCACAUUCUACUAUGAGUGUGUCCGUGUGUGUACGUGUGUGUGUGUGUGUGUGUGUGUGUGUGUGUGGUUUGGUUUUACUAGUCCUCACAAGGAUAGUAAAACAAGGAACAUUUAUUUUUUAGGCUUAGGGGUUAGAUUUAAGGUUAGGGUUACAAUUAGGGUUAGUGUUAGGGGUGAAGUUUAGGUUUAUGAGUUAGGGUUAGGUUUAGUUUCAGGGUUAGGGUUUUAGGAUUAAGUUUAGGUUAAGGGUUAGGGUUAGGGUUUGGUUUAGGGUUAGGGAAAAUAGGAUUUUGAAUGUGUGUCCAUGCUGGCUUCUAAGCUCAGUCUUCAUGUCAGGUAGGAAAAGCCUUCAAAUUACCCUCACAAGUGGAGUCUCUGUCACUCAGUUAUAAAUAUCAAAGUUGUCACACAGACGCAGAUACGCAUGCACACACACCUAGCCAGAUUCUGCUGGUCUCCAUGGAUGCAUGUAUCUGCUCUCCCCAUAGGCUGAUUAACAGAGGCACAUUGAUUGGUUCAGAUCGAUGGGUUGCAGCACUGUUUAGAAAGCCAAUACAGACAACUUUUGGCCUCUCUACAUCAUAUAAUUACUAUGAUCACAACAUUGUCAGUGUUUUGUCUGUCUUAUAUCUGUAGCCUCCCCCAUUAUAACAGGUACAAUAGGUCUGUUCAGGUUUCAGAGCACUGUUGACUUGGCGUGUGUGUGUGUGUAUGUGUGUAAGAGGGAAAGGAAAUACCUAGUAAACUGCACAACUGAAUGCAUUCAACUGAAAUGUGUCUUCUACAUUUAACCCAACCCCUCUGAAUCAGAGAGGUACGGGGGGCUGCCUUAACCCAUAAGAGUCUAAGCCCUGUCUAAGCAGGGGGAGGGGAGGGGAUGGGGGGGUACUACUAAGCUAUAUGGAAUUGUUUUAAGAAGGUCAUACCAAGGAUAUUUUGCUAUUUGAUUUGGAAUUUUAAGACCCUUUCAAGUAUAAAAAAAAAUGGAAUUUAUUUUUUGAUGAACAAUUAUUUUCAGCCUUACUGCUAUUAGACAAUACAAACACAUUGAAUAACAGAUUCACUACAUUGAACAACAGAUAGUCCCCCAAAAAAUCAAAAGGAAGUUUGUUCUGAAGUGUCUGUCCUAUAUCUGAGUCAUAUAAGAAAGAUCAGGAAACAUUUUAUAAAAAAUUUUAACAUGUAUUUAACCCCUUAUUUUUGUCACUGAACAUUUGCUUCCGUCUGGCCACUCUACCAUUAAGGCCUGAUUGGUGGAGUUCUGCCGAGAUGGUUGUCCUUCUGGAAGUUUCUCCAAUCUCCGUAGAGGAACGCUAGAGCUCUGUCAAAGUGACCAUUGGGUUCUUGCUCACCCCCCUGACCAAGGCCCUUCUCCCCCGAUUGCUCAGUUUGGCCAGGCGGCCAGCUCUAGGAAGAGUCUUGAUGGUUCCAAACUUCUUCCAUUUAACAAUGAUGGAGGCCACUGUGUUCUUGGGUACCUUCAAUGCUGCAGAAAUGUUUUGGUACCCUUCCCUAGAUCUGUGCCUCGACAUAAUCCUGGCUUGGAGCUCUACGGACAAUUCCUUCAACCUCAUGGCUUGGUUUUUGCUCUGACAUGCACUGUCAACUGUGGGACCUUAUAUAGACAGGUGGGUGCCUUUCCAAAUCACGUCCAGUAAUUUGAAUUUACCACAGAUGGACUCCAAUCAAGUUGUAGAAACAUCUCAAGGAUGAUCAAUGGAAACAGGAUGCACCUGAGCUCAAUUUCGAGUCUCAUAGCAAAGGGUUCUGAAUACGUAUGUAAAUAAGGUAUUUCUGUUUUUUAUUUGUAAUACAUUUGCAAAAAUUUAUAAAAACCUAUUUUCGCUUUGUCAUUAUGGGGUAUUGUGUGUAGAGUUUUUUAUUUUAUCCAUUUUAGAAUAAGGCUGGAAUGUAACAAAAUGUGGAACAAGUCAAGGGGUCUGAAUACUUUCCGAAGGCACUGUACUUCCAUAAAAAUUUUUCGACUGGUACCGGGGGACCUUCAGACGAGUCUUUUGAGGCAUGUGGGCAUCCUAAAGCAAAACAACCGACAUGUAUGUGAGAGUCUCACAUUUACACAGAGGGGUCAUAUUACUGUGUAGCCCAAACGCUACAGAGAGAAGUUGGCAGAACCGACUUCAGACGAGUCCCAAGACUCUUGUGGGGGUUGUAGAGCAAAUCGGAGAACACCAUCAUGUUCGCGAGAGUCUCAUAUUUCCUUAGAGGGGUAAUAGUUUGUAGGCCAAACCGUUUGGACGCUACAGAUGAUUUUGUGAGAAGACCGAUUUUCAGGAUGUCUCAUGGUCUGACAAACACUGCUCUAGCUCUGUCGCCUUUCACUGCAGAAGUGAUACAUAGGCAGAUCAAAUCAAAUCAAAUCAAUUUUUAUUUGCCACAUGCGCCGAAUACAACAAGUGUAGACAUUACCGUGAAAUGCUUACUUACAGCCCUUAACCAACAAUGCAUUAAUUUUUUUAUGAAAAACUAAAAUAAAACAACAACAACCAAAAAGUAUUUUAAAAUGUUAAGGGCCUUAGUCUGACACCGCCUGGUAUAGAGGUCCUGGAUGGCAGGGAGCUUGGCCCCAGUGAUGUACUGGGCCGUACGCACUACCCUCUGUAGUGCCUUGCGGUCGGAGGCCGAGCAGUUGCCAUACCAGGCGGUGAUGCAACCAGUAAGGAUGCUCUCGAUGGUGCAGCUGUAGAACUUUUUGAGGAUCUGAGGACCCAUGACAAAUCUUUUCAGACUCCUGAGGGGGAAUAGGCUUUGUCAUGCCCUCUUCACGACUGUCAUGGUGUGUUUGGACCAUGAUAGUUCAUUGGUGAUGUGGACAUCAAGAAACUUGAAGCUCUCAACCUGUUCCACUACAGCCCCGUCGAUUAGAAUGGGGGCGUGCUCAGUCCUCUUUUUUUUUCCUGUAGUCCAUAAUAAUCUCCUUUGUCUUGGUCACGUUGAGGGAGAGGUUGUUAUCCUGGCACCACACGGCCAGGUCUCUGACCUCCUCCCUAUAGGCUGUCUCAUCGUUGUCGGUGAUCAGGCCUACCACUGUUGUGUCGUCGGCAAACUUAAUGAUGGUGUUGGAGUCGUGCCUGGCCAUGCAGUUAUGGGUGAACAGGGAGUACAGGAGGGGACUGAGCACGCACCCCUAGGGGCCCCCGUGUUGAGGAUCAGCGUGGCAGAUGUGUUGUUACCUACCUUUACCACCUGCGGACUGUCAGCAAGUCCAGGAUCCAGUUGCAGAGGGAGGUGUUUAGUCCCAGGAUCCUUAGCUUAGUGAUGAGCUUUGAGGGCACUAUGGUGUUGAACGCUGAGCUGUAGUCAGUGAAUAGCAUUCUCACGUAGGUGUUCCUCUUGUCCAGGUGGGAAAGGGCAUUGUGGAGUGAAAUAGAGAUUGCAUCAUCUGUGGAUCUGUUGGGGCGGUAUGCAAAUUGGAGUGGGUCUAGGGUUUCUGUGAUAACCUGUAGCUCAGUUGGUAGAGCAUGGCGCUUGCAACGCCAGGGUUGUGGGUUUGUUUCCCAGGGGGGGCCAGUAUGAAAAUAUAUGCACUCACUAACUGUAAGUUGCUCUGGAUAAGAGCGUCUGCUAAAUUACUAAAAUGUAAAAUGUAAAUAAUGGUGUUGAUGUGAGCCAUGACCAGCCUUUCAAAGCACUUCAUGGCUACAGACGUCAGUGCUACGAGUCAGUAGUCAUUUAGUCAGGUUAUCUUAGCGUCCUUGGGAAUGGGGACUAUGGUAGUCUGCUUGAAACAUGUUGGUAUUACAGACGCAGUCAGGGACAUGUUGAAAAUGUCAGUGAAGACAUUUGCCAGUUGGUCAGCACAUGCUCGGAGUACACGUCCUGGUAAUCCGUCUGGCCCUGCGGCCUUGUAAAUGUUGACCUGCUUAAAAGUCUUACUCACAUCGGCUACGGAGAGCGUGAUCACAUAGUCAUCCGGAACAGCUGGUUCUCUCAUGCAUGCUUCAUUGUUGCUUGCCUCGAAGUGAGCAUAGAAGUUGUUUAGCUCGUCUGGUAGGCUUGUGUCACUGGGCAGCUCGCGGCUGUGCUUCCUUUUGUAGUCUGUAAUAGUUUUCAAGCCCUGCCACAUCCGACGAGCGUCAGAGCCGGUGUAGUACGAUUCAAUCUUAGUCCUGUAUUGACUCUUUGCCUGUUUGAUGGUUCGUCGGAGGGCAUAGCGGGAUUUCUUAUAAGCGUCAGGGUUAGAGUCCCACUCCUUGAAAGCGGCAGCUCUACCCUUUAGCUCAGUGCGGAUGUUGCCUGUAAUCCCUGGGUUCUGGUUGGGGUAUGUACGUACGGUCACAGUGGGGACGACGUCAUCGAUGCACUUAUUGAUGAAGCCAGUGACUGAUGUGGUGUACUCCUCAAUGCUAUCUGAAGAAUCCCGGAACAUGUUCCAGUCUGUGCUAGCAAAACAGUCCUGUAGCUUAGCAUCGUCAUCUGACCACUUUUUUAUUAACCGAGUCACUGGUGCUUCCUGCUUUAGUUUUUGCUUAUAAGCAGGAAUCAGGAGGAUAGAGUUAUGGUCAGAUUUGCCAUAUGGAGGGCGAUGGAGAGCAUUGUAUGUGUCUCUGUGUGUGGAGUAAAGGUGGUCUAGAGUUUUUUUUCCUCUGGUUGCACAUUUAACAUGCUGGUAGAAAUGAGGUAGAACGGAUUUAUGUUUCCCUGCAUUAAAGUCCCCGGCCACUAGGAGCGCUGCUUCUGGAUGAGCGUUUUCCUGUUUACUUAUGGCCUUAUACAGCUCGUUGAGUGCAAUCUUAAUGCCAGCAUUGGUUUGUGUGGUAAAUAGACAGCUAUGAAAAAUAUAGAUGAAAACUCCCUUGGUUAAUAGUGUGGUCUACAGCUUAUCAUAAGAUACUCUACCUCAGGCAAGCAAAACCUCGAGACUUCCUUAGCAUUUGAUUUUGUGCUCCAGCUGUUGUUUACAAAUAUACACAGACCGCCACCCCUUGUCUUACCGGAGUCAGCCGUUCUAUCCUGCCGUUGUAGCGUAUAUCCCGUCAGCUGUAUGUUGUCCAUGUCGUCGUUCAGCCACGACUCUGUGAAACAUAAGAUAUUACCGUUUUUAAUAACCCGUUGGUAGGAUAACCGUAAUCGUAGGUCAUCUAAUUUAUUUUCAAAUGAUUGCACAUUGGCUAAUAGGAUUGAUGGAAGAGGCAGUUUACUCGCUCGCCGUCGGAUCCUUACAAGGCACCCCGACCUACGUCCACGAUGUCUCCGUCUCAUUCUCCUGCGAAUGACGGGGAUUUGGGCCUUGUCAGGUGACUGUAGGAUAUCCUUCGUGCCCUACUCAUUGAAGAAAAAAUCUUCGUCCAAUACAAGGUGAGUAAUCGCUGUCCUGAUAUCCAGAAGCUCUUUUUGGUUAUAAGAGACGAUGGCAGAAACAUUAUGUACAGAAUAAAUUACAAAAAACACAUAAUAGUACAAUUGGUUAGAGGGCUGUAAAACGGCAGCCAUCUUCUCCGGCGCCAUCUCCCCAGAUGCGGUGGAUUGAGACGCAAGGGCGUGGACAUCGACCUUAGGGGGUUAAUCGAUAUCAUCAUCACCUGGGAGCAGUUGUUGUUGGGGGUUAACUGCCUUGCUCAUGGACAGAACGGCUGAUUUUUCCACGUUGCCUGCUUGGGGAUUCGAACCAGCAACCUUUCGGUUACUGGCCCAACACUCUUAACCGCUAGGCUACCUGCCGCCGGGUGUGUGUACAUGUGUGUGCGUGUGUACGUGUGUGGUAUUUCCACUCUAAUGAGAGUGAGUUGGUAGAGGGAGUCUUGUUUCCAUGGUACCAGCUCAUGAAGCGAUAUGAUGCAAAGUAAUUAGCAACACUUGAUGAAUGUGUCUGUUUACCACUGCAUGAUAGUAGUCAACGCCAAGUGUGUGUGUGGGUGAACAGUUUGUGUGUCUGUGCGCGUGUGUGCAUGCGUGCAUGAAUGUCUAACCCCUAUCUGUCUCCCUCUACCAGUUCAACACCAGGGUGAAUAACACAGCGUGUUUUGACCACCUGGUCCAGGCCAACGUGAGGAAUAAGAAGAUCCUGAAGGAUGCGAUUCAGAACAUCUCUGCUAAAGGCAUCACCAACUACACCAAGGGAUUUGAGUUUGCCUUCGAACAGCUCUAUGCAGUAAGAAGCCCUAUGCUCUGUUCAUAACACUGUGGUAAUAACAGAUGUAUAUCGACAGCCCUGCUCCUUCUGAUUUUACUUUGAUAAUUCAGGAACAUACUGUACUUCAUGAAAUAUGUACAAACUAUCACCUGUGAUCUCUGCCCUUUCUCGUAUGAUAGAUUAUUGUCAGACACUGCCCUCUGCUGUCAUAGUGGGUUUAUCUCUAUUUUCUAACCCAGCGGUGCCUAACACAGCUUGACGUUUAUUGUCAUGAAUCUUGCCCUGGAGGCAGAACUGAGCGAUUACCGCUAGAUGGGCCAACUGCAAAGUCAAAAUUGUCUAUAUUGUCAAAAUUCAUGAAAUCAAAAUGUGCUUUUUGAUCUUAAUUUAAGGGUUAGCAGUGUGGAUAAGGUUAGUGUUAACGUUAGGAUUAUGUUUAAAAUCUGAUUAUAUGACUUUGUGGCUGUGCCAGAUAGUGACCACAGUGCAUUUCUGCCUCCAGGGCAAGAUUCAUGACAAUAAAUGCCAACCUGCAGGUCCACCCUCCUCCUGGGUGUGUACUCCAGUCAUUUAAAACCCUGAUUUUAAUCAUCAUCUGCUUCUUACCAGUACCUUGAUUACAGGAUUUGGUGGUGGUGUGUUAGGAUGGGGGUUAGCAACCACUGUUCUCUACCUGGUGUGUUUUCUCUGUGCAGACUAACAUCACUAGAGCCAACUGUAACAAGAUCAUCAUGCUGUUCACUGAUGGAGGAGAGGAGAGAGCAUCGGCCAUACUGCAGGAAUACAACUCUGACAAGAAGGUACAGUUGAACGCACACACACUUUAAUGUAUAAUCCACCUAGUCGGUGACCCUUCUAGUAAAUAUGAAAGCAGGUCUGACUGCUGAAAGGUAAACACAGAGUAAUGGGUUGGAUCAAGAGGAAUUAUUAUGUGUGCUGAACCUAUGGUUUAUACAGGUGGAGGGCAGAUUAUUAUUAUCUAUAUGCACGCACCCAUACCCACACACACACACACACACACACACACACACACACACACACACACACACACACACACACACAGUCUUGUAUAACUAAGCUUGUGGGGACAUACAAUUCAGUCCCAUUCAAAAUCCUAACCCUAAACCUAACCCUAACCUUAACCCUAGCUCCUAACCCUAACCCUAAAAAUAACCCUAGCUCUUAACCCUAACCCUAACCCUAAUUCUAACCCUAACACUAAUUCUAACCUUAACCCUAAACCCCCUAGAAAUAGAGUUUGACCUUGUGGGGACUAACAAACAGAUAUGAAGUGUGAUGAUAACUCUACCAAAGCUAAAGCUAUUCUCUUUGCUCAGCACAUGAGAGUAGAUGGGUAUGAUGGGGGGUAGAGAGAGCAUGGUAACACCUGCCCUUCACAAAACAACCCACUGCGUGCACUGUAACAGUAGUCCUUCCCACUAGCAAGAUGUAAUAUUCUAUGGCUCAUAAUAACCUCACAGUGGGUUGGUUCACACAGUACCUAACUAUGGUUGGUUGACUUCCAUCACACACAUUACGGUUCAAUGUGGAUGUUGCUAUAACAGAUUAAUAUGAUCCUGUGUUCUAGGUGCGUAUCUUCACCUUCUCAGUGGGUCAGCACAACUAUGAUAAAGGUCCAGUCCAGUGGAUGGCUUGCGCUAAUAAAGGUAGGAUAUUAUGUUGUUGUUUGUAAUAUUAAAGCACUGGUACUACUGUGUAUGAUUUGAGGUCCAUUUUGGGUCAUAUAGUUAAUGUCCUGAUCUUAGCCCAUUAUCUGUUUCUCCCAGGAUACUUCUAUGAGAUUCCCUCAAUUGGAGCCAUACGCAUCAACACUCAAGUGAGAAGCAUUGUGCAUGAACAAGUGUGUGUGUGUGUUUAAUUUUGUCCCAGAUGUGUGUCUGUGGUUGACUUUGUCUUUAAGGUGUGUGUUUGAAGGAGUGUGUGUAUCUGUGUGUUCUAGGAGUACCUGGAUGUACUGGGCAGACCCAUGGUUUUAGCUGAUAAGCUGGCCAAGCAGGUCCAUUGGACUAAUGUCUACCUCGACGCUCUGGUAUGACAACACUUCCUCCUAUCCCACAAUGCACCUCACCAAAAUCUACCUCCACGCCGGAGGUUUCUGAAACCCAACAGCGAUUACUUUAAUGUUGCUUUCUUUGUCUAUGUGUGUGUUAGGAGCUAGGUCUGGUCAUCACAGGAACCCUACCUGUCUUCAACAAGACCAAGUAUAAAGAUGAAUUGGGCAUAGAGGUAAUCCCCAUAAACAACCAGGCAAACAAACUCUUUACAUUUACCCAGAAUGACUUACAGUAGUGAGUGCAUACAUUUUCAUACCCCCCAUGGGAAUCAUACCCACAUCCCUACUGUUACAAGCGCCAUGCUCUACCAACUGAGCCACACGGGACCGUUUUUCAUAUAAUCCCAUCCCAGCAAUAGACAUCAAUAGCUUCUAAGCACGACUCUUACUAUACAGACUUUGUGAUUUUAUAUUUUAAUUUUGAACUCCCUGCCUCUUUCCCCAUCUUUCCCUCUCUCUCAGAUUCAGAACCAGUUGAUCCUAGGGGUGAUGGGGAUUGACGUGUCACUAGAUGACAUCAAGAAGCUCACGCCACGCUUCACUGUGAGUGACACACACACUAACACACCAGAACAGUCCUUAUUCUCCUACUUCAGUCUCAGUGUUACUCUGACAGCCCUACCCUCUCUCAUAUGAACUCAAUCAUGUUGAUGAUACUUUAAUAACCCAGAACAGUGAUGUAUUGAGAAGACAUCCAUGUUCCCUGUAGUGUACAGCCUAUGAUCAACUGUCUCCUCCAACCCUCUCUGUUCCUCCAUUCCUUAGAUCGGACCUAAUGGAUAUUAUUUUGCCAUCGACCCCAACGGAUAUGUGCUGCUGCACCCCAACCUCCAACCUAAGGUAUGUACUAUUCAUACCUCUUCUAUUCUGUUAACACGUCUUACAAUCCCAACUCAUACAGAGUUGACUGAUGAUCCUGAGGUGCUACUAUGACUGCUGUGGAUCUUAUGCAUGUUCAUAUGAACCCACACAUGAUCGUAGCACAGGCCACCAUAAUGGUCCACCAUAAUGGUCCUGACCCACCUUUAGAGAUACACAACCCACUGCUCCUCCCUACCUCUUCUAUUCCUCCUCCCUUUUCCUUUCCUCCUCUCCUGACCUCCUCCUCAACACUCGCAGGCCAGGUCUUGACAGGCUGCAGAGGGCCAUGUGUGGCCCAGGCUCUCUUUUGGGGCAUGUUGUGUUCAGAGGGGGGCCUCUCUGGAUCUGAGUCCUAGUUCUCCUGGGACACAUGUUCACAUGUCAUCUCAUCCAGCCAUAGCUUUAAACACUAAUCAAAAUGGAUGCACUCUCAUGGAUCCAAUCUAUACAUACACACACAGGCACUCGCACUUAACCCUGACCAACACACAUCAUAUACAGGGUGUGCAUGCGUGUGUGUGAAGGCAUGCAGCCUUUUUCAAAGGGAACCAUUUCAAAGUGACUGGAGGUCUUGUAGAGUGUUUUAUACGUUUCCUAAGGAGGAACCAUGUGUGUGAGUGUGUCAGUCAGGUUUUGGAGCAUGCUCCGUUACAGAGAGGGGAUCAGAGAUGAAUGCCAUCAGAAGGCCAUGGUCUGACUAAUGUGUUUUUAACCAUGCUGAUAUACCAGCCAGGUCACCCAUGAUACAAGUCAGUAUUCAACGUCCAUCCACGUCUGAGGACGUCAGGAGAUGACGUGGAAACUGGCCACGAGGGGCAACAGUGAGCGCUGUUACCUUCAAGUAGGUUUCGGUUUUGCGAGUGCAUCGUGGACGGGGAUGGCGUAAGCAUCUGCCUCUGAUUCCAAAAGGUUGCAAGUUCGAAUCCAGUGAUAGAAAGUUGUUUUUGAUAUUUUUGUUUUAAGCCUACCCCAAACUUUAGUCCUUACCUUAACCAUUCAGAGUUAAUGCCUAACCUUAAGAUUUCAGAGUUAAUGCCUAAACUUAACCUUAAACACUUCGACAUUUGAAGUUUGGAACAACUUCGAAAUUUGAAGUUUGAGAUUCUGAUGUGAAACGGAGAGCUACACUGAGUAUACAAAACAUUAAGAACACAAGCUCUUUCCAUAACAUAGACUGACCAGAUGAAUCCAGGUGAAAGCUAUGAUCCCUUAUUGAUGUCACUUGUUAAAUCCACUUCAAUCAGUGUAGAUGAAGGGGAGGAAACAGGUUAAAGAAGGAUUUUUAAGCCUUGAGACAAUUGAGACAUGGAUUGUGUAUGUGUGCCAUUCAGAAGCUGAAUGGGCAUGACAAAAGGUUUAAGUGCCUUUGAACGCCGUAUGGUAGUAGGUGCCAGGCGCACCGGUUUGUAUCAAGAACUGCAAUGUUGCUGGGUUUUUCACACUCAACAGUUUCCCGUGUGUAUCAAGAAUGGCGCACCACCCAAAUGACAUCCAGCCAACUUGACACAACUGUGGGAAGCAUUGGCGUCAACAUGGGCCAGCAUCCCAGUGGAACGUUUUCGACACCUCGUCCAUGCCCCGACAAAUUUAGGCUGUUCUGAGGGCAAUGUUAGGAAGGUGUUCCUAAUGUUUGGUAUACUAAGCGUAUGCUACAGACUACCUAAGUGGGGCACACACAACCCUUUGUUGAAGGUUGCAACAGUCAUGGUUUGAUUCCUGCCUGGCCACAUGUGUGUAAACGUUUAUUCUAUUUAGAUAAAAAUGCCUGGCCUAUGAAUUCCUAUUAUUAUCAAAUGGAUAAUAAUAUGUUUCCCACUGAAAUACACCCUGCAUCUCUCUCAUUACAGUAUGUAUCUGUUAGAAAAUGAUCUGUAACCGCAAGACAAGACUCAGUAAGCCAUCACCUUCCAUGAGGUGAGACAGUAGGAAAGAUAGAGAGUAGAUGUACUACACAGAAGGUUAAUGGCACCUUAAUUGGGGAGGACGGGCUUGUGGUAAUGGCUGGAGCGGAAAGGUGGAAUGGUAUCAAAUAUGGUUUCCAUUUGUUUCAUGCCAUUCCAUUUGCUUUGUUCCAGCCAUUAUUAUGAGCCGUCCUCCCCUCAGCAGCCUCCACUGAUGUACUAUAGUAGAACAUAGUAUAGACUUAGAUUAGUAGCCCUUAAGGCUGAUCUUUAACUGUAAGACCAUUGAGUAGAGUGUGUGUGUCCAGUAAAAUAUAGUCAAGUGAUGGUGUUUCCUGAUGCUAUAGCCUUAUGAGCAGCCAUACUCAUACAUUUCAGGAGGAAUAAAUAAUAAUAGUGACUAGUACUUAUUAGUUAGUUACGAACCUCCAAUAAACUAAUGUCACAUAAUUAGCUAAAUGUUUCACACUGUUUAUUUGGACUUUUCAUAUUUUCUAUGUUACGGUUUCUUUCCUCUAAUCCAUCUGUCUUGUUGUCAUUAUGUUAUGUAAGUGACUAGAGACGUUUGGGUGUGUGUGUUCGGUUGUGUGUGUGUGUGUAUGUGAGAGGGUGAGGGAGAAAGAGAAGGGUAGGUCCUAGAGGAAAUUAUAGAUGUUCUAGAUAAGGCAGUUAGUUUCCUAUGAUGAGUUAAGUCAUUGGAGCUAGAGCUGUCUGGCAGAGAGAAGCAGUGACUGAACUAACACAUGAUGACAUGACCAGGGAUAUAGCAAGCUGCUGGUUUGCCUUUCUCCCUGGAUCAAUUCAUGAAACUGUAAUUCCUAUUUAUAUUCACAACAUACACUUGCUUUUAAAAUUAUGUCCAUAAUCCAGUGAAAGGGCAUGGGUAUUUUCUCAUGGACCCCUGUGCUGUCUAUGGUCUCUCCCACGGGGGCCCACCCUGAAACACACACCCUGUCAAUCUUACUGUGUAUGAUGUGUGCGUGUCCGUGCCUGUGUGCGUGCAUGUGUGUGUCUGUGCAAAUGUGUGAUCAGAGAAACAGAGGGGUGUGUGAAUAUUGAGGGUGACUUUGGACUAUUUGAACAUAUUCUCUCUUUUCUCUCUUUUUCUUGUGUUUCGGUCUGUAUCUGAUUAUGGUUGUAAAGAAAACCCAUUUCAUAUUCAUCACAUAAAUCCCUCGCUAUAUUUGGUGUUGGAUUUUGAUCUCUCUUCCCCACCCACUCACUUACCCCCUCUUUCUUUCUCUUUCUUUCUUUCUCUUUCUUUCUUUCUCUUUCUCUCUUUCUUUCUCUCUUUCUCUCUUUCUUUCUUUCUUUCUUUCUUUCUUUCUUUCUUUCUUUCUUUCUUUCUUUCUUUCUUUCUUUCUUUCUUUCUUUCUUUCUUUCUUUCUUUCUUUCUUUCUUUCUUUCUUUCUUUCUUUCUUUCUUUCUUUCUUUCUUUCUUUCUUUCUUUCUUUCUUUCUUAUUCAUAUACUUUCAUCCUCCCUCCUUCAUUUUACUGUUUAUCAAUGUGCAUGUAUUUUCUGUAUCAACUUAUGGCCUCUAUCGCAACUAGCUCUCAUGUCAGAAUUAGACGUUCAUCCAUGUUUUUCAAAUUUCAAAGUUGUUAAGUUUAGGCAUUAACUCUGAAUUUUUAAGGUUAGGGUUAAGUUUAGGCAUUAACUCCUAAUGGUUAAGGUAAGGGUUAAGAUUUGGGGUAGGCUUUAAAAAAAAUCUCAAAACAACUUUCUAUCGCUGGAUUCAAACUUGCAACCUUUGGAAUCAGAGGCAGAUGCUUAUGCCCAAUCCCGUCCACAACACCCUGGCAAAACCGAAACCUACUUGAAGUUAACAAUACUCACUGUUGCCCCUAGUGGCCGGUUUCCAAGUCAUUUCAUGACGUCCUCAGACAUGGAUGGACGUCGAAUACUGACUUGUAUCACAGGUGACCUGGCUGCUCUAACAAAUUAGAUGUUAUUCAUCUUCCUCCUCCUUCUCGACUGUUCCAUCUUUAUUUUCUCUCUUCAUCCAAUGUAAGGAUAAUUUAUUAACCACCAUCAUCAUCACAGUGUGUGUCUGUUGCUUUUGCAGAAACUAAAUCCACAUGAACCUUCUAUAAAGGGUAUGCAGUCUAAAGGUAGAGCAGCAUUGUUUGGGACCAGAGUAUCAGGUUCCAUCCAUUUACUGGUGCUUUAACAGAAUAGUUCUGGAUUACUGCUGCUACUUACAUUAUAACAUUUUAAAGUCACUGAUACGCACAGAGGGUUUCACUGCUGACAUUAACACAGUGUACAGUCAGUCUGUAUCAAACACACACACACACACACAGACUCAAACAGGCAUACAGAAAACACACGCAUAGACUAAACCAUCACGCACACAAGCAACACACACAAACACACACACACACACACAUACACACACACAUACCAGCUAAAGCAUUCCAGUCAGUGGUAAACCCCUACCUGGCAUUGAUUCUCAGCUUUAUAAACUAGGCUCUUUUUCUGAAUGUAUUUAAAACUAUACAGGUUAUCAUCUUGUAUUUAACAUGAUUCAAAGGGCUAUAGGGUAAGGAGCAGAGUUUUACUCUAUGGCCUGAAGCCAUGCUGAGAACCCAUCACUGAAAAACAUACAUUGCAAAGUCUACUGCGUUUCAUUACAACUCACUGUAACAACUCAACAUGAUUCAGAGGGACCGAUACAAAACAGGGUCAUUCUAUUGAAUUGACCAGCUUUAUUUACUACAAUAACCCAGUGUUUCUCUCCAUAGUUAUAUUCUAUUCACUGGUUUCUUGUAAAUAUUGAAUGAAUUUAUAUAUGGGUACCUUGUGUGUGUGUGUGUGUGUGUGUGUGUGUGUGUGUGUGUGUGUGUGUGCACGUGCGUGCCUGAGUGUGUGCUUGCUUGCCUGAGUUUGUGUGCGUGUGUGCCUGUCUGUGUGCGCGAGUGUCUGCUAACUCAUCCACCAGACUAAACACCCUCCUCUCCUCAGAACCCUAAAUUCCAGGAGCCUGUCACUCUGGACUUCCUCGAUGCUGAACUGGAGAACGACGUCAAAGUCCAGGUAAACACACACACACACACACACACACACAGGUGUUAGUUGUGUCCUGUCUCCUACUAAAUCUAAUUGAGUGUGAUUUACAUAGUGACUGGCUGUAAAUGAGAGGACAUGUUUACAGGAGCAGUGGACACCACACCGCUGUCUGUCUCUCCCUCUCCUUUAAUAUACUGUUGGAGUAAAGUUCAGCAGAUACAGUAUGUGCUACAAUCUCCGUGUUGUUAUUCCUCUCUCUCUCUCUCUCUCUCUCUCUCUCUCUCUCUCUCUCUCUCUCUCUCUCUCUCUCUCUCUCUCUCUCUCUCUGGUGUACAGAUGUGCACUGUGUUUUAGAUUAUAGAGAGAACGGUAGAGAGAUCAAACCCUCUAACCAUUCACACAUCUGACACAGGGUACAGUUGAAGAAGAAACAUUUUCAGAUGUAUUUGGUUAUUUGUCUCUCUCUCUCUCUCUCUCUCUCUCUCUCUCUCUCUCUCUCUCUCUCUCUCUCUCUCUCUCUCUCUGUAGAUCAGGAGAAUUAUGAUAGAUGGGAACCCAGGUGAAGAGACCAUAGAGACUCUGGUUAAAACUCAGGAUGAGGUGAGAUCAGCACAAAUUACAGAUAAAUAUGUUACUAAUACUGACUCACUGAUGUGAUCGCCCAGGGAAAUCAGUAAAUGAUUUAUGGGGAAGAGAGUUAUAUGUAGGUUAUGCUUUAGGAUUAGGACUGUUUGUGUGUGUGUGUUUUCAUAUAUAUUUGUGCAUGUGUGCGUGCUUGUGUAUGUGUUUGUGUGCAUGUGUGUGUUUUCUGACAGAGAUACAUCGACAGAGGAGUACGGACGUACACCUGGGCUCAGGUCAAUGGAACUGACUAUAGGUGAGCAGGAGGACUGAGAGAUGUUGAUGCCAGUUCAGAAACAACCCCUAACCCCAUAGCUGUAGCCCUAGAAACUAGUGGCGAUCUGAAAGCAUUGGAUAGGUUGCUGUGGAAUCGCAGUUGUCUUAGAUCUCGCUUCAUGAAUAAUAUACUUCUGGCCAAUAGGGGGCACUCUAUGUCCCUCUCCAUCACAGUAAAGCAAUCACUCAAAUGUGUUUAUGCAGAUGAUCAGUGUUCUGUCACCUUGUGGAAGGAACGUGUUUUUCCAAGCAUCGCCAUCAGUCUGUCAACAGUGACCAUACCUUUAUUUCCCCAGCUUGGCCCUAGUCCUGCCAACGUACAGUGAACACUACAUACAGGCCAAACUGGGAGACACCAUCAGACAGGCUAUGGGUGAGCACAGACAAACAGACACACAAACACACACAUACACACACACAAACAAAACCUUCCUCAACAACUCUGCUCUCAGAUCAGUGAGUUUUGUCGAUGUCCCUUCUUUAUAGCGUGGCCCUCUGGACCAGUCUCCUGUCCUCCUACUCCAACAUAGACUUAACCACACACACUUUGAUCCUCCCUCCCUGUCUCCUCUCCCACUUCCCACUUCCUUUGUUCUCUCUCUCACUCUCUACCUUCCUCCUUUCCAUUACUUUUUCCUCUGUUCCCUCUCUUGGAAUCCGAGGGCAGAGGGGACAUGUUACCCUCUACAAAGCCUGACUCUGCUCCAGGGCUUUCCUCUGGACUGUAAAUCUGUCUGUACCUCUUUCUCUACCCAGACCUGGUUUAUAGCUACUCAUAGUGGCUUUAUCACAUGGUCCACGUACCUCUGAUGUUUCAAGAUAAAUCCACCUCUACAUCCAACUCUCUGUUGACUUUAAUGUUCCCCUCCUGUCCUCUCUCUAUCUGCUCCUUUAUUUGAUCAAUACAGCUCCAUGGGGCAAGUAUUCCGUUUAUUCUCUGGUGUAUAACUCACUUUUCAGUAUCUCUCCUCCAGUCUCUGCAUGAUCAUGUGUCUGUGUUUGCAUGAUGAAGUAUAUUCAUUCUACACGUUGACAGAGUGAAACAAGAGGAAGUAAAACAAGUCUAAGACGGGAAAAUGAAUGACUAAUGGAGUAAUAGAAAGAGCAGUUAAGGUCCAUGUGAUCCCUGUCCUGCCAAGUCCUUAGAGGAGAUGUCCCACAAUCUACCUGUCAUGUUUUACAUGCUAUUGAAAUUCUUUGAUUAUGGGCCAGAUACUCAUGAACCUUUUGACACUGAACCAUCAGUAAACGGUUUCACAGACUGCUGACAUGACUGUAUCAAGUUUAAUGGAAUUGUUUCUCAUGAUGUCUUCUUUUAAAAGAUAGGGUGAUGAACAUUGAUGUCUUUACGAUUGUAGAAACUACAGAACAAAGUGAAAUCCCAAGCCAAGGACUGUCAUGUAUGGAAUGAUAGGAGAGACAAACACUGUGCUGGAGUAUCUGGGAACGAACUAUACUUUAUUACAUGUCUCUGCAUGGUAGCACCUCACAGUUUUGAUAGUGCUGUUGUUUUAAAUCAGUUUUCCUUUCUUUGUAAUACUUUUUAAUUGGUGUAAUAUGAAUUUGUUAAGACAUCUGAAAUCCCAAUGGUUCUGUUUUCUCUCUAUUUUUCUCUAUCUACCUACCUCCCUCUUCUCUCUACCCCCCCCCCCCCCCUCUUUCUCUUUCUCUCCCGCUCUCUCUCUCUCUUUCUCUCCCUCUCUCUCUCUCUCUCUCUCUCUCUCUCUCUGGGGUCACUACAGGGCAGAAGGGCAAGUAUUCCUCUUCCCCUAUUCUGUUUGUUCCAUCACUUCAGUCUCACUCCACACCUUCUCUACCUCUCCACACCACACCUCACUUCAUCUCUGUCCAACACUGUGUGUGUGUGUGUGUGUGUGUGUGUGUGCAUGCAUGUGUGACACACAUUGCCAUGUCACCACUGUAAUCAGUCUGUGGUUGAAAUGAAAAUAUUUGGCAUGGGCCCUCAGAUCCUCAACAAUUUCUACAGCUUCACCAUUGAGAGCAUCUUGACUGGCUGCAUCACCGCUUGGUAUGGCAACUGCUUGGCAUCUGUCUGCAAGGCGCUACAGAAUGUAGUGCCUGGGCCGAGCUCCCUGCCAUCCAGGACCUCUAUACCAGGCAGUGUCAGAGGACGGCCCAAGCCGUACCAAUGCACCAAGUCUGGAAACAACAGGACCCUGAAGAGCUUCUACCCCCAAGCCAUAAGACUUUUAAACAAGACUGCUAAAUAGCUAAUCAAAUGGCUACCCGGACUACCUGCAUUAACCCUUUUUUGCACUAACUCUCUUGAACUGACUCUAUGCAAACUCACUGGACCCACACACUCACACAUACUUACACUGACACCCCAACACACACAUACACACACCCACACACACAUUACAUAUAGUGCAUUCGGAAAGAAUUCAGACCCCUUCAUUCUUUCCACAUUUUGUUACGUUAUAAAAUGGAUUACAUUUUUUUUCAUUUUUACCUCAUCAAUCUACCCACAAUACCCCAUAAUGACAAAGCAGAAAACGAUUUUUAUAAUGUAUUUAUUUAUAAAAAAUAAAAAAUAAACGGAUAUAUCACAGUAUUCAGAUCCUUUACUCAGUACUUUGUUAAACCAUCUUUGGCAGCGAUUACAGCCUCGAGUCUUCUUAGGUAUGAAGCUACAAGCAUGUCAAAAAUAAUACAAGCAUGUCAAAAAUGAUAUAAAUUGAUUUGCAUUUUAAUGAGGGCAAUGAGGGCAGUACUCUCUGUUCACCCAUGACUGCAUGGCCAGGCACGACUCCAACACCAUCAUUAAGUUUGCCGACGACACAACAGUGGUAGGCCUGAUCACCGACAACGAUGAGACAGCCUAUAGGGAGGAGGUCAGAGAUCUGGCCGUGUGGUGCCAGGACAACAACCUCUCCCUCAACGUGACCAAGACAAAGGAGAUGAUUGUGGACUACAGGAAAAAAAAUAGGACUGAGCACGCCCCCAUUCUCAUCGACGGGGCUGUAGUGGAACAGGUUGAGAGCUUCAAGUUCCUUGGUGUCCACAUCACCAACGAACUAUCAUGGUCCAAACACACCAAGACAGUCAUGAAGAGCGCACGACAAAGCCUAUUCCCCCUCAGGAGACUAAAAAGAUUUGGCAUGGGUCCUCAGAUCCUCAAAAAAUUCUACAGCUGCACCAUCGAGAGCAUCCUGACUGGUUGCAUCACCGCCUGGUAUGGCAACUGCUUGGCCUCCGACCGCAAGGCACUACAGAGGGUAGUGCGUACGGCCCAGUACAUCACUGGGGCAAAGCUUCCUGCCAUCCAGGACCUCUAUACCAGGCGGGUGUCAGAGGAAGGCCCUCAAAAUUGUCAAAGACUCCAGCCACCCUAGUCAUAGACUGUUCUCUCUGCUACCGCACGGCAAGCGGUACCGGAGUGCCAAGUCUAGGUCCAAAAGACUUCUCAACAGCUUCUACCCCCAAGCCAUAAGACUCCUGAACAGCUAAUCAUGGCUACCCGGACUAUUUGCACUGCCCCCCCACCCCAUCCUUUUUACGCUGCUGCGUCUCUGUUAAGUAUUUAUGCAUAGUCACUUUAACUCUACCCACAUGUACAUAUUACCUCAACUACCUCAACUAGCCGGUGCCCCCGCACAUUGACUCUGCAACAGUACCCCCCUGUAUAUAUAGCCUCCCUACUGUCACUUUAUUUUACUUCUGCUCUUUUUUUUCUCAACACUUUUUUGUUGUUGUUGUUUUAUUCUUACUUUUUUUGUUUAAAAUAAAUGCACUGUUGGUUAAGGGCUGUAAGUAAGCAUUUCACUGUAAUGUCUGCACCUGUUGUAUUCGGCGCAUGUGACCAAUAAAAUUUGAUUUGAUUUGAUUUGGAAUAAGUAUUUGACCCCCUCUCAAUCAGAAAGAUUUAUGGCUCCCAGGUGUCUUUAUACAGGUAACGAGCUGAGAUUAGGAGCACACUCUUAAAGGGAGUGCUCCUAAUCUCAGUUUGUUACCUGUAUAAAAGACACCUGUCCACAGAAGCAAUCAAUCAAUCAGAUUCCAAACUCUCCACCAUGGCCAAGACCAAAGAGCUCUCCAAGAAUGUCAGGGACAAGAUUGUAGACCUACACAAGGCUGGAAUGGGCUACAAGACCAUCGCCAACAGCUUGGUGAGAAGGUGACAACAGUUGGUGCGAUUAUUAGCAAAUGGAAGAAACACAAAAGAACUGUCAAUCUCCCUCGGCCUGGGGCUCCAUGCAAGAUCUCACCUCGUGGAGUUGCAAUGAUCAUGAGAACGGUGAGGAAUCAGCCCAGAACUACACGGGAGGAUCUUGUCAAUGAUCUCAAGGCAGCUGGGACCAUAGUCACCAAGAAAACAAUUGAAGGACUGAAAUCCUGCAGCGCCCGCAAGGUCCCCCUGCUCAAGAAAGCACAUAUACAGGGCCGUCUGAAGUUUGCCAAUGAACAUCUGAAUGAUUCAGAGGAGAACUGGGCGAAAGUGUUGUGGUCAGAUGAGACCAAAAUCGAGCUCUUUGGCAUCAACUCAACUCGCCGUGUUUGGAGAAGGAGGAAUGCUGCCUAUGACCUCAAGAACCCCAUCCCCACCGUCAAACAUGGAGGUGGAAACAUUAUGUUUUGGGGGUGUUUUUCUGCUAAGGGGAAAGGACAACUUCACCGCAUCAAAGGGACAAUGGACGGGGCCAUGUACCGUCAAUUCUUGUGUGAGAACCUCCUUCCCUCAGCCAGGGCAUUGAAAAUGGGUCGUGGAUGAGUAUUCCAGCAUGACAAUGACCCAAAACACACGGCCAAGGCAACAAAGGAGUGGCUCAAGAAGAAGCACAUUAAGGUCCUGGAGUGGCCUAGCAAGUCUCCAGACCUUAAUCCCAUAGAAAAUCGUCAGCAUCGAAACUUUAAUGACUUGGAGAAGAUCUGCAAAGAGGAGUGGAAGAAAAUCCCUCCUGAGAUGUGUGCAAAUCUGGUGGCCAACUACAAGAAAAGUCUCACCUCUGUGAUUGCCAACAAGGGUUUUGCCACCAAGUACUAAGUAAUGUUUUGCAGAGGGGUCAAAUACUUAUUUCCCUCAUUAAAAUGUAAAUACAUUUAUAACAUUUUUGACAUGCAUUUUUCUGGAUUUUUUUGUAGUUAUUCUGUCUCUCACUGUUCAAAUAAACCUACCAUUAAAAUUAUAGACUGAUCAUGUCUUUGUCAGUGGGCAAAAGUACAAAAUCGGCAGGGGAUCAAAUACUUUUUUCCCUCACUGUAUGUACAGUACAUAGCUACCUCACUUACCUUGCACCCGUUCACAUCGAACCAGUACUGGUACUCCCUGUAUAUAGCCAUGUCAUUUUCUGCUCCCUAUAUAUAUCCAUGUGUUUUUUACUCUUUGUUUUUAUUCGUUAUUCACUGUGUAUGUAUUCGUUGUGUCACUAUUUAAACAUUUAAUUCAAUUUUGUAUCUUAUCUUUAACUUUGUAUUGUUGGAAAAGGACCCAUAAGUAAGCAUUUCACUAUUAGUCUACACCUGUUGUCUACGAAGCAUGUGACAAAUAUCAUUUGAUUUGAUUUGAUUUGAUGAACCAGUGUCAGUGGGUUGUCAGUGAGUUUAAGGAUAGUCCUAUUCUAGAUAAGGCCUGACAGUGAGAGUCAGCAAAGUGUACUGUCCUAACAGCCGUGAAAAAUCAUGCUGACAGACUAGUGGCAAUACCAAGCUUAAAAGAUGGAUAGGAGUUUAGCUCCAUAAUCACUGUCUCUCUGUCUUGUUUCACUCAUUCAUCUUUUUUUCAGUUCUCUCUUUUCAUAAUGAUCAGUCUUAUGUACUGUAUAGGCCAUGAAUCCUCUUCCACAGUGUGUGUAAGGUUCUAAAGAUGUCUCUCUAUUCUCUUCAGCUAUGGACACUCUGCAGGUGGAGAGGUUUGAUGAGUUGGGCCACACCUUCAUUGCCCCCAGGUGAGUGGCUAAAGCAGCAUAUAUGAAUCUCCUCCACCUCAGAUCAUAUAGAACCAUUGUUACUCCUGUAGUGUACUUACAGCCAGGAGUAGCUAGUUAUUCCACAGCUUAUGCCAGCAUUGAGGAGCGCUGAGUAGCAUUGAGGACCAGUAUGAAAAAAAAAAAUGUAUGCACUCAUGCUCUGGAUAAGAGCGUCUGCUAAAUGACUAAAAUGUAAAUUUUAGUUAUUAAAGGGGUUGAGUAUGAUGUUGUGCAGAUGUUGAGUUAUGUUUGAGACCACUGUAAUAUAUCUAAUGUAUGUCAUAUUUAAAUAGGGAGUACUGCAAAGGCCUGAAGGACAAUGACAACAACACCCAGUUCCUCCUGGACUUCAACCAGCUCAUCGAUAGGAACACACUGGAAGAGCCAUGUAAGUUACCAUGCCUGUCCCACACACGCACGCACACAAACACGCACACACACACACACACACACACACACACACACACACAGAUGGAAUUCCUCUGCCUGUUUUGUUCGAUAGACAGUCAAGGUCAAAGAAAGAGUAGCUUUAGAUCAAUACAGUCAUUACUCGGCAGUACACCCACUCAAGAGGGAGUGGUUAGUGGGGUGAGUCAGGACGGUUUCCUGCCACUGUGAUAUCAUGGUGUUCCAUAGCCCUGUGAAGGUCAGAGAGAACCAUUAGACAUUUGAUUAGUCUGGUCUGGCCAGGUUGGCAUCAGCCUGAUCGAAUGAGGUAUAGGCGUUUGAUUAGUCUAGUCUGGCCAGGGGGUGAUAUCAUCCUGAUCGACUAAACUUCCUAGAACUUGAUGUUGUUAAGCUUCUGUGUGACUCAGAACCGCUAUAGUGGUCAUCAUCUAAUGGGUAUCAGCUACUGUAGAUCCUAUCAUCUUCCUCAUCGUCAGCUAAUGAAUCUCAAUGUCCUCUGUGUUGUCUAAGCAAGGUCAAGCUAUCUUCUCCUAUGUGUCAUCCUUGGCAUGGGGUCUACUAUGGAAGGUAACUUCAGUAACAAUGUCUUCCUCUCUAGGUAAUGUGACUCUGGUCAGUAGGCUGCUGUUGGACGCUGGGUUGACGGCUGAUCUGGUCAAACUGUGGAAGGAGCAGACAUUGUGAGUGACUCACACACACACUUCCCGUCAUCACUGCAUUGUGUUACAGACAUCAUGUAAACAUUGAGAGUCAGUUAAGUGAGUCAUAUACAGUGAGGGAAAAAAGUAUUUGAUCCCCUGCUGAUUUUGUACGUUUGCCCACUGACAAAGACAUGAUCAGUCUAUAAUUUUAAUGGUAGGUUUAUUUGAACAGUGAGAGACAGAAUAACAACAACAAAAUCCAGAAAAAUGCAUGUAAAAAAUGUUAUGAAUUGAUUUGCAUUUUAAUGAGGGAAAUAAGUAUUUGACCCCUCUGCAAAACAUUACUUAGUACUUGGUGGCAAAACCCUUCUUGGCAAUCACAGAGGUCAGACGUUUCUUGUAGUUGGCCACCAGGUUUGCACACAUCUCAGGAGGGAUUUUGUUCCACUCCUCUUUGCAGAUCUUCUCCAAGUUGUUAAGGUUUCGAGGCUGACGUUUGGCAACUCGAACCUUCAGCUCCCUCCACAGAUUUUCUAUGAGAUUAAGGUCUGGAGACUAGCCAGCCCACUCCAGGACCUUAAUAUGCUUCUUCUUGAGCCACUCCUUUGUUGCCUUGGCCGUGUGUUUUGGGUCAUUGUCAUGCUGGAAUAUCCAUCCACGACCCAUUUUCAAUGCCCUGGCUGAGGGAAGGAGGUUCUCACCCAAGAUUUGACGGUACAUAGCCCCGUCCAUUGUCCCUUUGAUGCAGUGAAGUUGUCCUGUCCCCUUAACAGAAAAACACCCCCAAAGCAUAAUGUUUCCACCUCCAUGUUUGAUGGUGGGGAUGGUGUUCUUGUGGUCAUAGGCAGCAUUCCUCCUCCUCCAAACACGGAGAGUUGAGUUGAUGCCAAAGAGCUCGAUUUUGUUCUCAUCUGACCACAACACUUUCACCCAGUUCUCCUCUGAAUUAUUCAGAUGUUCAUUGGCAAACUUCAGACGGGCAUGUAUAUGUGCUUUCUUGAGCAGGGGGACCUUGCGGGCGCUGCAGGAUUUCAGUCCUUCAAGGCAUAGUGUGUUACCAAUUGUUUUCUUGGUGACUAUUGUCCCAGCUGCCUUGAGAUCAUUGACAAGAUCCUCCCGUGUAGUUCUGGGCUGAUUCCUCACCAUUCUCAUGAUCAUUGCAACUCCACGAGGUGAGAUCCUGCAUGGAGCCCCAGGCCGAGGGAGAUUGAAAGUUAUUUUGUGUUGCUUCCAUUUGCGAAUAAUCGCACCAACUGUUGUCACCUUCUCACCAAGCUGCUUGGCGAUGGUCUUGUAGCCCAUUCCAGCCUUGUGUACGUCUACAAUCUUGUCCCUGACAUCCUUGGAGAGCUCUUUGAUAUUGGUCAUGGUGGAGUGUUUGGAAUCUGAUUGAUUGCUUCUGUGGACAGGUAUCUUUUAUACAGGUAACAAGCUGAGAUUAGGAGCACUCCCUUUAAGAUUGUGCUCCUACUCUCAGCUCGUUACCUGUAUAAAAGACACCUGGGAGCCAGAAAUCUUUCUGAUUGAGAGGGGGUCAAAUACUUAUUUCCCUCAUUAAAAUGCAAAUCAAUUUAUAACAUUUUUGACAUGCGUUUUUCUGGAUCUUUUUGUUGUUAUUCUGUCUCUCACUGUUCAAAUAAAUCUACCAUUAAAAUUAUAGACCGAUCAUUUCUUUGUCAGUGGGCAAACGUACAAAAUCAGCAUGAUAUCAAAUACUUUUUUCCCUCACUGUAGACAGUCAGGCUAUUUCCUGUUUUAUUGAUGUCUUACUGAGGAAACACCAAGCAGCUAAUACUGCUACAUUCUAAUGUAUAGGUCUGUUGCUGUGAGAGUCUUGGCCUUGUUUUGCCAAUAAAACAUGGUGAAAGAAAGACACAGGACCAGACAUGCCAAGCCAUGCCAAGACUUAGUAUGUUCUGAAGACACCACAGUAAUAUAUCAACAUGCAUUCAUUAUACCAUACACACACGUUUGUCCAUUAUAAUCCACACAAGCUCAAACAAACAAAAUUAAUUUACUGAACAAAGAACUCUAUUCAGAAUUAUGACAUCAAGAGAAGUGACUCUCCGGAAAUAUAAAAAAAAGGUUCUGGACGCAGUGGAACAGAAAGAACUCACACACACACACUGGAAUAUUCAGUUCAUGCCUCUUUCUGAUUUGUCUCGAUGGUCCCUUAGCCUCUGUUGUUGAACUGUAAUUCGUUUCUGUGUUUUCUUUCGGUUUCAGGGACGGGGUCCUGGCCAGAUUUGUAGCCACUGACGGAGGGAUCACUAGAGUCUAUCCCAGAAGGUACGCUAAGAUUUCUCCUUCUCAGUCAUACACUAUUAGUUAGUUAGCCUCAUGCUCCUAUACUAUACUGUAUGUGCCUUGGCCAACUCUUAUUGUAUAAAGCCAUGAAAACGAAUAAAUACAGAUGUGACCGACCGGCUCGAGAGCAAAAUUAGAAAAUUGUGUUUUUUACAUUGGAUAAAAGUAGCGACUCAGAGCUAGAAAAUUGUAUAUCAUACACUACAGUUGAGGAACGAUGGAAAAGUAAUUCUGCUUUGAAAGUUGAUAAACUUGUGAGAAACACUUUUGAGAAAAUGGCCCUAGAAUGUUUUGGUACACCUACUGGAGAGCUCCUCUUUGUCUACACCUGUGACGAGUACUGAGGAUACGAAGAGGCAGGACGCAUACGCAGGAAUUAACAAGGUCAAGGUUUAUUCAAACAAUGACAAAGAGAAUUAACAAAGAGAGAGAGUACAUGACAUGAAGCAAAAACAAUUACACACAACAUAUUACAGAACAGUCCAGGGAUAAAUAGGGGUGGUGAUAAGAUGAUGAGAUGCAGGUGCACUGGAGGUGAUUGGGGUGCGUUGGGUUUCCAUUCCAGUCUUGCCGAGGUGGUACGCUCAGACCGGUGGCUCAGUAGACCGGCGAAUCAGAGCGCCGGAGGGGAGCAACGGGAGGAGACAUGACAGUACCCCCCCCCCCGGAUGUGCGGCUCCAGCCGCUGGACGUUGCCAGCCAGGAGGACGACCCCGAGGACGAGGAGCGGGCCGGUCAGGGCGGCGACGGUGGAAGUACCGAAUUAGAUUGGGGUCCAGAACGUCCCCAGCCGGAACCCAGCUCCUCUCCUCAGGACCAUACCCCUCCAGUCCACCAGGUAAUAGAGCCGUCCCCCACGGAACCUGGAGGCCAGCAGGUCCCUCACCGCAUACGCCGGACUCCCGUCAAUAUCCAGGGGUGGAGGAGGCGUACCCCGAGGGACGGCAUCCGCCAGAGGACCAGGAACCACCAGCCUGAGGAGAGACACAUGAAAAGUGGGUGAGACACGGUAGUGAGGGGGAAGGAGCAGCCGGUAUGAUACCUCAUUUAUCUGCCGGAGGACCUUAAACGGCCCCACAAACCGGUGGCUCAGUUUCUUGCAGGGCAGGCGGAGAGGGAUGUUCUUUGUGGACAGCCAGGCAUGAUCCCCAGGCUGGAAUACAGGGGCCUCACUGAGGUGGUGGUCGGCUUGGUCCUUCUGCCGACGAAUAGCUCUCUGGAGAUGGACAUGGGUGGCGUUUCAGACCUGUCCAGCCCUGUGGAACCACUCGUCGACAGCGGGCGCAUCGGUCUGGCUGGGUGUACAAGGGGCCAGGGAAGAUAAGGAAUAACCAGUAACCGUUAUGGGAACUAAAAACAAUGGUUUUGUGAUAGGAGAUGACGUCACACUCACGGAGCGACGACGGGGUCAUACCGCCUACAUAGGGAGCCGCCAGGAGAUCUGUGUGCCACGGCGGGGUAGGGGGUGCUGCCCACCUCCAUGGGUGAGGACUCGGAAUCAGGGCGGCUUCCAUAGCUUAGAUGGGGUGAGCAUUGAAGCUCUGGGAGGUGUUGGGAACGCUGUCUCUCUCGCAACAAUUCGUCAAGACGGAUGGACGUGGUGAUAAGGGUAUCAAGGUCCAUCUCAUCGUCCCGACAUGCGAGUUCCGUCUUAAUGUCCUCCCGUAAGCCUCUCCUGAAGGCUGUGCAGAGAGCACGCUCAUUCCAGCCGGAAGACGCCGCCACUGUGCGAAAGCUCAGAGUGUACUCGGACGCGGGCCCCUCUCCCUGUUGUAGAUGGAGGAGAUGCUCACCCCCGUCCUUUCCCUCCAUGGGAUGAUCAAACACCGCCCUGAACCGAGCGAGGAAGGUGGGGUAGGGUAGUGCCACUUCCUCCUCUCCUUCCCAGACUGCCGUGGCCCAAUCCAGCGCCUUCCCCUUAAAAAGCAAAAUCACCAGUGCUAUCCUGGCUUGGUCAGAUGGAUAUGCCCCAGGCUGAUGCGCCAGAUAAAGUGACAGUUGUAGCAGGAAGCCUCUACAUUUAGUAGUUUUACCGUCAAAGCGCUCCGGUAGGGUGAGGGUUCCCGCAGAAGUGGGUGAUAGCCCGAGGACAGAUGGAUUGGAGGCACUCGCCGCUCCCUGAGGUAGAACCAGAGUGCUGGGCAGAUUAUGCAGAGUUUGGAGUACUUCCUGCAUGGCGACGUUCAACUGGGCAAGCUGAUGCUGGUGCUGGUCGAGGGACUGGGAACCUCCUGCUGCAUCCAUUUUCGUUUGGUGUGUGAUUCUGUGACGAAUACUGAGGAUACAUUGAGGGAGGAUGCAGACGCAGGAAUUAACAAGGUCAAGGUUUACUCAAACAAUGACAAAGAGAAUUAACAAAGAGAGAGUACAUGACACGAAGCAAAAACAAUUACACACAACAUAUUACAGAACAGUCCAGGGCUAAAUAGGGGUGGUGAUGAGAUGAUGAGAUGCAAGUGCGCUGGAGGUGUUUAGGGUGCGUUGGGUUUCCAUUCCAGUGUUGCCGAGGUGGUGCGCUCAGACCGGUGGCUCAGUAGACCGGCGAAUCAGAGCGCCAGAGGGGAGCAACGGGACGAGACGUGACAACACCCAUUCAACAUCGUUCACACCCUCUUAAGCCUUAGCCCCACCAUCUCUUUAAGGAUUCACAUGUGAGGCCAUGUGCUAAACACAAUGAGUACGGUAGUGUACUAAUUAACCAAAGAUUUCAAGACUAAAGGCUGGUAUAUACUACGUUUAUCGACAUGUCUGUAGACAGUUGUCGCAGUGACAUCAUGAACAUUCUAUUGUCAUCCGACAUCCAAUUUGUCAUUGUCGUUAUGAAAAAGUAUAAACACAAAAACAACAGGCUGUAUAAAAUAGCAUAACUGGUGUAUUUUAACACAAAUAAACCCAUCCGUUUAAAAAUCUAUUUAGUAUAUGUCCAUCUAGCAAACUAAAAGCAACUUUCUAAACAAUGUUUUGGUUCGUUUCUAGCUUGUUAGCUAGCUAGCUAACGUUAAGUUAGCUGGCUGGCCAGUUCAUAUAAUGACCAUAUCAGAGUAUGACGAAAUAAAAGCACAACAUUUUACCGGAGAAUUUUAGAACUUGGACACUGUCUCAUUGGCCUAAUGUUAUAUCCUAAUUUGGCUUAUGUGCAGGUUAUGUUGUUCAACACAUUACUGUCUCUGGUAAACACACGCUAUAUCAAAUAAAAUCGAAAUGUAUUUGUCACAUGCACAGGUUACAGAAGGUGUAAAUGGUAAAGAGAAAUGGUUACUUGCAUAGUGGAGUCUUUUGUUUAGACAUGUAGCUAGCUAGCUAGCUAAACAAUGAACCAAAAUCCCAACUCAUAACAUUACUAGCCUGCAUGAAUCUGCAGGUAGCUAACCAACUAGGUUCAAUGUUAGCUAGUUAGCUAGCUAGCUAACAUUAGGCUAUAGAUAGUAAUGCAAAUGGAUAUGAGAUACAAAUAAUAUUACUACACAGAUGAUACAUGUACUGUAAUGUUAGCUAGCGAGCCAGCCAGCUAACAUUAGCUAGCUAGCUAACAGUACACUUUAACUUGCAAUAAAAAUGACUUUCUGACAAAAUUAUAAUAAUAUUUGAAAAUAUAGCUAGCUAAACUCUCUUACCUGUAUACCUAGAUGAACGCUUCUCCCUCUCUGUCACGGAUGCCAUGGUUGCCCUUAGUUUGAAGAUGUAAUCCGGAGACAGGUGUUUUAUACAACAGUCUUCCGUGUGUUCUGUUUUCAACUCCCUCCGCAUAUUUGCAAUCAAACGCCAGAUUGUUCUCCAGCUCCUUAGCUAUCAUACUCUGCUUCCACCAGGCACUCCACUGAUUUAAAAACUCGGUCCUUCAGAUAGUGGAGAGCAACACUUUUGCAGUUCUUCGUGAUAUAUUUUUUAAAAAGCUGCGUUAGAAAGGAUGACCUACACGUACUGAGCAGCUCAUGUUAUAGACAGAAGCGUGCUACAUGGCAGACCAAUGCAAACUCAUCUCUCGACCAGCCCAUCCAUUAUCUCAGCCAAUCAUGGCUAGCGGGAAGGUUCCUGUCUUUAUCCGUGGCUAAACCAACUAGGCUCGUAAAUUAACCAUUUUAUUUGUAUUUAAAGAUGGCAUACAAGUUUGUUAUUAAGUCACAUGAAAGUUCACAUGUUCCAGAAGGCAAUUCUGCCAAAAAAACACAUUUUGAUAAAGAAACUAGUUUACUGCGCUUCAAAUGCUCUCUGCUGAAGGUGACGUCACGCACCCAAUCAGUUCUGCCGCAUCCUGUUUCACGAUCUAGGGAGGUUCUGCUACCGUGUCACAACUAGCCAUUUUAACAUGUAUUGUUUUAGUGGCUCAAGUUUGUAUAGUCUGAAUUACUGUUUUACUCUCUCCAACUUUCUGCUUCAACAGGAAUCAGUUACUUCAAAUCCCUCCUGGAAGUGUCACCACACGACAUACGCCAUAGUUUCUGAAUCUACCGAUGGAGUUGCAGCUGAGACAAGCAUUAAAGGGUAUUUGUGACUGAUUGGUCAUCUACUAUGAUCACUGUUUACUCCCUCAUUGUCUGCUGGCUCUCUUCACAUCCCCUACUAGUUCGCUCUCUCUUAUCUCCUCGUUUCCCAUCCCACAGCUAUCUGGUCUCUCCUCUGGACUCUCUUCUUCUCUCUCCUCUCAGUCGGUAGCUCGCUCUCAUCUCUUCUUCGUCGUCGAAGAUCAGAGCUCGAUCUCGUCAGCUCGUCCGAUCGUCUCUCUCGUCUCUCGACUGUAUAUGCUCGUCUCUCUCUGCUCUCGCUCUCUCGUCUUCUCUCUCUCCUCCUCUCUUCUCUCUCUCUCUCUCUCUCUCCUUCUCUCUCUCUGCCUGGUUGUUAAAGUACAACAGUUAAUCAUAUAAAACAUACAGAUUUUCUUCUUUAUCUCUGGGCCAAUUCCAUGCAAUUUUUCCUGUGCUUUGGGUGUGACUGUUAUAUUUAUCAAAGUUUGACCUCACAUUUGAGUAAAAUCUUUCAGACAUCUGUAUCUUAAAAAUGUCUGUAUGUGUGCACGUGCGUGUUUCAGUGCUGGGGAGGAGUGGACAGAGAAUGUAGAGACCUAUGACUCAAGUUUCUACAAGAGGACUCUGGAUAACGACAUCUAUAUUUUCACUGCUCCAUACUUCAACAGUAUGUUAACACACACCGAAACACACACGUGCAAGCACACACACACCCUCUCUUCAGUGUGGUCUGCCAGCAAAUCCCUCUCUUAGGAUGGACGGCCUGCUCUACUGGAUAGGAUAAGAGAUGAGAGGCCUUCUAGUCCCCCUCUCUCUCUACUUCGUUUCUGUGCUGCUCACUCUCAUCUCUCUAUCCACCCCCCUCUUCUGUCCCUCCCCUUUCUUUUCCCUCGCUCCCCCUCUCUCUACUCACUAUUUUAACGUAGUUCUUUAUCUAACAAUCUCUGCUACUUUCCACUCCCCCUCUCUAUAUGUCCCUGUGGUAUAGCAACAAUCUAUAUACCAUAUCUCAGAGUUAAAGCACUCUACUGCUAUAUGUGCUUCUACUGCACAGCCACAAACAUAUUAUUACCAUUUACCCAGUUAAAUGAGGACCAAACAAACAAAGAUUAUAUAUUUUAUCAUAAUUGUUGUCAUGAAACAUGAUUUUCACCAAAUGGGUUUUUAAAGCCUCACACAAUUAAUGUCAUUGUCAUACAAGUGUCACUACAUGUGAAUGUGUUGACACUCUUCCCUCUGCUCUCCCUCCCUCUCCCUGCUGCAGAGAGCAGGGAGUCAGGCUAUGAGUCAGGUAUUCUGGUGAGCAAGGCUGUACACCUCAACAUAGACAGAGUCAACCUCAAACCAGCGGGUGAGUGGAUAAUACUGUCCCCAUCUCCUUAGCUGGGUGCUUAGUUGUUGCAUUGGGUACUUCUGAAUUAAAACUGACAGCCUGGAGAAUUAGAUGAAACAUCCAUAGCUCCUUCUGUAAAGGAUUAUUCAAUAAUAUGUUUCUGAAUAUCCUUUUUGUUGUUUCAAUGUCCUGUAGUGGUGGGAGUGAAACUGAACGUCUCUGCCUGGAUGAACAGCUUCAUGAACGCCACCAUGAAAGUCAACGUAAGAGAAACACUUUCUCUAGUUUAGGAUUUCUUAUUCACAUCCCAUUGUGUUUGCUAAACUUGUGACCAUUCAUACAUGUGUUUUGAUGACGUUUGCAGUGCAAGGAUGAAAUCUGUGGCUGUCUGAAGAAUGAUAAGGUACAAUGGCCUAUCUCACUUAUGGAAAAUCUUUAGAAAUGUUGAUAAUGUUCUAUACUGACUGAUGUUCUCUUUCUAUCUGUCUCUCUCUCUCUGCAGCAUGUUGACUGUGUCAUCCUGGAUGAUGGAGGCUUCCUGCUGAUGUCCAAUCAGGAUGAGUAUAUCACUCAGGUGAGUCUCUGUCAGCUAAUCAGAUUGCUCUGUCACAGACAUGUACAUUUGUCCUACCAGAGCAGGGUCAACUUUCUUUCUUUCUGUCUUUAUGUCUGUCUGUCUGUCUGUCUGUCUGUCUGUCUGUCUGUCUGUCUGUCUGUCUGUCUGUCUGUCUGUCUGUCUGUCUGUCUGUCUGUCUGUCUGUCUGUCUGUCUGUCUGUCUGUCUGUCUGUCUGUCUGUCUGUCUGUCUGUCUGUCUGUCUGUCUGUCUGUCUGUCUGUCUGUCUGUCUGUCUGUCUGUCUGUCUGUCUGUCUGUCUGUCUGUCUGUCUGUCUGUCUGUCUGUCUGUCUGCCUGCCUGCCUGCCUGCCUGCCUGCCUGCCUGCCUGCCUGCCUGCCUGCCUGCCUGCCUGCCUGCCUGCCUGCCUGCCUGCCUGCCUGCCUGCCUGCCUGCCUGCCUGCCUGCCUGCCUGCCUGCCUGCCUGCCUGCCUGCCUGCCUGCCUGCCUGCCUGCCUGCCUGCCUGCCUGCCUGCCUGCCUGCCUGCCUGCCUGCCUGCCUGCCUGCCUGCCUGCCUGCCUGCCUGCCUGCCUGCCUGCCUGCCUGCCUGCCUGCCUGCCUGCCUGCCUGCCUGCCUGCCUGCCUGCCUGCCUGCCUGCCUGCCUGCCUGCCUGCCUGCCUGCCUGCCUGCCUGCCUGCCUGCCUGCCUGCCUGCCUGCCUGCCUGCCUGCCUGCCUGCCUGUCUGUCUGUCUGUCUGCCUGCCUGCCUGCCUGCCUGCCUGCCUGCCUGCCUGCCUGCCUGCCUGCCUGCCUGCCUGCCUGCCUGCCUGCCUGCCUGCCUGCCUGCCUGCCUGCCUGCCUGCCUGCCUGCCUGCCUGCCUGCCUGCCUGCCUGCCUGCCUGCCUGCCUGCCUGCCUGCCUGCCUGCCUGCCUGCCUGCCUGCCUGCCUGCCUGCCUGCCUGUCUGUCUGUCUGUCUGGUAGGUUUCCCGGACCUAGACUAAGCCUUGUCCUGGACUAAAAACAUGGUCAAUGGAGAGGAUUAGGUUUAAUUUGGGUCUGGGAAACUGGCCCUUAUAAAAUUUGUUGACCUGUGUUUUUAGCUAACUCCUCUGACAAGCCAGAUAAGAUUUUCUUGUCUGUUUCCACAGACAUUUCCUUUGUGUCUCUAAAACUCAUUAAUACCAAUGUCAUAUCAUGUUUGGCAUGACAACAAACACAACAGAGUCUUUAAAGCACAGAUCUAAGCGAUAAUGGCUCCAUAGCAUCUACAGUAUUCUGAAGUUAGUAGAACAUACACCCAUAGUCCCGAAGCCAAGACACUCCUUUUGGAAUGAGAACUAAAAGGUUUUCAUUGGUUUGGCUGGCCACCAGAUCUCUUCUCCUGCUCCUCUCUCCAUCCCUGCUUCAUCUGAUCUUUUUUCAAAUGUAUUUUAUUGAACCUUUAUUUAACAGGGAGUCAUGCUGAGACCAUGGUCUCUUUCGCAGAUGAGCCCUGCAUGAACACAUCAAUAAACAACAAGGACAUUCUACAUACAGUAUCUACAGUAUAUUUACAUCAAUUACACAAUACAUGAAAAGCAAACACGAAAAGCAAAACACAAUCAAAUAAAACAAACACAUUCUUCAGUACAAAGGCCCUCUAACAUCCGCAUGAAUUGCCCUAGAGGCACCAACUUCAUCAACUUUAAGGACUUUUGGAGAUCCUUCCACAUGAGAGGUAAAAAAAAAAGUAAAAGCAGAUUUACCUAAAUUGACGGGAUCUCCAGGGUUAGCCAUCCCAGAGUCUGGGUCUGGUAACUUACACGUCUGAAGGUUAACAAUGAGGUAAGGUAUGGCAGAAGUUUAUGCAAGAGGGCUUUAUUGACAACAAAAUGUGCAAUGCAUCGAUCAACAGCAGGGUUGGGCAACUUUGAUGGGUGUGGGGUCCACAAAAAAACGGAAUUUAUCAUUGGGGGCCGCAGUGGCUCGCGGGUCUGCGUGCCCACAUCCAUACCCACACAUGUAGUCAAAGCCGGCCCUAGCUUUUUGGGGACCCUAAGCGAAAUAUCGUUUCCCCCACCUUGCUAUCAAACAUUUUAGCGAAAACAUUUUCUGCAACUCUAUACAUUUAGCCAUGGGGCGUAGAGAACAUUUACAAAAAAAGUUUGCUACAAAUCUAUACAUUUUGCCAUGGGGGUGAGUGAGAGAAGAUUUAUCAAUUUUAUAACUUAUUUCAUGCAAUUCUACACAUUUUGCCAUAGAGGGUGGGGAGAAAUCAAUCCAGAUGCCCAGAUAUUUAUAAGCGGGGACAUGAUCAAUGAGAGCACCAUCCAAAGAAUGUAUGCAUAAAUGAUCAGAUACAUUUUUAUGUGAUUUGGAAUGUAACAUAUAGGUGAGUGGGAUAAGUUGAGCCAAAGGGGUAAGAUGAGUCCCUUGUUUCAGGAAACUAGGCAUAUGUCACGUGUCACUACUUCACAUGAGAGGAAUUUGAAGGUAAAGAUGUAUUUCUUUAUCAAAAUAAAUUUUUGGGGGGCAAAAAUGCCUUCUGGAACAUUUGAACUUUCAUGUACCUUAAUAACAAAUUGUAUGCCAUCUGUAAAUAUGAAUACAAUUGUUAAAUUACGCACCUAGUUGGUUUAACUGUGGUCCUCUGUAGCUCAGCUGGUAGAGCACGGCGCUUGUAACGCCAAGGUAGUGGGUUCGAUCCCCGGGACCACACAAAAAUGUAUGCACGCAUGACUGUAAGUCGCUUUGGAUAAAAGCGUCUGCUAAAUGGCAUAUUAUUAUUAUUAUUAUUAACCACAGAAAAAGACAGGAACCUUCCCGCUAGCCAUGAUUGGCUGAGAUAAUGGCUGGGCUGGGCAUGCCGAGAGAAAUAUAAAAAACGGAAAUAUCACAUUUACAUAAGUAUUCCGACCAUUUACUCAGUACUUUGUUGAAGCACCUUUGGCAGUGAUUAUAGCCUAGAGUCUUCUGGGUAUGACGCUACAAGCUUGGCACACCUGUAUUUGGGGAGUUUCUCCCAUUCUUCUCUGCAGAUCCACUCAAGUUCUGUCAGGUUGGAUGGGGAGCGUCGCUGCACAGCUAUUUUCAGGUCUCUCCAGAGAUGUCCGAUUGGGUUCAAGUCCGGGCUCUGGCUGGGCCACUCAAGGACAUUCAGAGACUUGUCCCGAAGCCACUCCUGCAUUGUCUUGCCUGUGUGCUUAGGCUUGUUGUCCUGUUGGAAGGUGAACCUUCGCCCCAGUCUGAGGUCCUGAGCACUCUGGAGCAGGUUUCACUUUGUCAUUAUGGGGUAUUGUGUGUAGAUUGAUGAGGAAAACAAAUAAUUUAAUCAAUUGUAGAAUAAGGCUGUAACGUUACAAAAUGUGGAAAAGUGAAGGGGUCUGAAUACUUUCCGAAUGCACUGUAGGUAGGGGUAAAGUGACUAGGCAACAGGAUAGAUAAUAGACAGUAGCAGCAGCAUAUGUGAUGAGUGUGGAAGUGUGUGUGUUUGGCGAAAUUGUGCCUGUGUGUACAUGUUAUGUGUGAGUGAGUGAGUGAGUGUGUGUGUGUGUGUGUGUGUAUGUGUUGGAGUGUCAGUGUAAGUAUGUGUGAGUGUGUGGGUAGAGUCUAGUGUGUGUGCAUAGUCAAAAAGGGUUAGUGCAAAAAGGGUCAAUGCAGAUAGUCCGGGUAGCUAUUUGGUUAACUAUUUAGCAAUCGUAUGGCUUGGGGGUAGAAGCUGUUCAGGAGCAAUUUGGUCCCAGACUUAACGCUCUGGUACCGUUUGCCAUGCGGUAGCAGUGAGAACAUUCUAUGACUUGGGUGGCUGGUGUCUUUGACACAUUUUUGGGCUGUCCUCUGACACCACCUGGUCUAGAGGUCCUGGAUGGCAGUGAGUUCGACCACCAAUGAUGUACUGGGCCGUACGUACUACUCUCUGUAGCGCCUUGCGGUUGGAAGCAUUUGCUAUAUCAAGUGGUGAUGCAGCCAGUCAAGAUGCUCUCAAUGGUGCAGCUGUAGAAAUAUUUGAGGAUCUGAGGGCCCAUGCCAAAUCUUUUCAGCCUCCUGUGGGGGAAGAGGCGUUGUCGUGCCCUCUUCAUGACUGUGUUGGUGUGUUUGGACCAUGAUAGGUCCUUAGCGAUGUGGACACAAAGGAACUUGAAGCUAUCGACACGCUCCACUAUAGCCCGGUCGAUGUGAAUGUGUUGCCUACCCUUACCACCUGGGGGAGGCCCGUCAGGAAGUCCAGGAUCCAGUUGCAGAGGGAGGUGUUCAGUCCCAGGGACCUUAGCUUAGUGAUGAGCUUGGAGGACACUAUGGUGUUGAAUGCUGAGCUGUAGUCUAUGAACAUCAUUCUCACAUAGGUGUUCAUUUUGUCCAGGUGGGAAAUGGUAGUGUGGAGUGCAAUUGAGAUUGUGUUAUCUGUGGAUUUGUUUGGGUGGUAUGCGAAUUGCAGUGGGUCCAGUGUUUCUGGGAUGAUGGUGUUGAUGUGAGCCAUGACCAGCCUUUCAAAGCGCACACAUUGAACGCAGCUCUCUGUUCCCUGUACACAGAUAGGUCAGUUCUUUGGGGAGGUGGACCCAGUCGUGAUGAUCAGUCUGGUCAACAUGUCUCUGUAUUCCUUCAACAAGAUUUACGACUACCAGUCAGUCUGCGACCCUGAGAGAGACUGCAAGGCUGCUGCAGGGCCACGAUCUGUCUACGUGGUGAGACACACACUCACAGCGCGCGCGCGCGCGCACACACACAGCACACACACACAUUAAUGCAUUAAUGCAUGAUCUUGCUUUGGUUACCUUUCAUGCUAUAUAUACUGUACUGUAUGUGUAUAUUCUGUCCAUAUGUUAUGAAGUGUGCACUCAGUGCUCUUCUCCUCUCCCCUCUCCAGCCCACUAUAGCAGACAUGUUGAGUAUAGGCUGGUGGGCCUCCACUGCUGCCUGGUGAGUUAAUGGACUGGGUAAUUUAACUACUGUCGUCUGCUGUUUAGACCAACAAUAAUGUAUUUGUCUCUGUAGGUUGAUAAUGCAGCAGCUCUUCUACAGUCUCAUAUUCCCCAGCUUCCUAGAGGCAGGUGAGUUGUAGAGGACAAUAUAUUGGAUGUAAUUAUGUGUUUCCAAAACAGUGAAUUUGUAGUUAUAAUGGUACAAGAUGUGCCUAAAAUGGCUUUGUUGAUUUAGAGAAUAUACAGUGCAUUCGGAAAGAAUUCAGACCCCUUCACUUUCUCCACAUUUUGUUAUGUUAUAGCCUUAAUCUAAAAUGUAUUAAAGAAAAAAAUGUCCUCAUCAAUCUAUACACAAUACCCCAUAAUGACAAAGCAAACACAGGUUUUUAGAAUUUUUUGCAAAUGUAUUACAAAAAAACUACGGAAAUACCAUAUUUAUAUAGGUAUUCAGACUGAUUUGGAAAGGACCACACCUGUCAAUAUAAGGUGCCACAGUUGACAGUGCAUGUCAGAGCAAAAACCAAGCCAUGAGGUCAAAGGAAAUGUCCGUAGAGCUCCGAGACAGCAUUGUGUCGAGGCACAGAUCUGGGGAAGGGUACGAAAAGUAUCUGCAGCAUUGAAGGUCCCCAAGAACACAGUGGCUUCCAUCAUUCUUAAGUGGAAGAAGUUUGGAACCAUCAAGACUCUUGCUAGAGCUGGCAGCCCGGCCAAACUGAGCAAUCGGUGGAGAAGGGCAUUGAACCCGAUGGUCACUCUGACAGAGCUCCAGAGUUCCUCUGUGUAGAUGGGAGAACCUUCCAGAAGGACAACCAUCUCUGCAGCACUCCACCAAUCAGGCCUUCAUGAUAGAGUGGCCAGAUGGAAGCCACUCCUCAGUAAAAGGCACAUGACAGCCUGCUUGGAGUUUACCAAAAAGGCACCUAAAGGACUCAAGAUUCUCUGGUCUGAUGAAACCAAGAUUGAACUCUCUAGCCUGAAUGCCAAGCAUCACAUCUGGAGGAAACAAGGCAUCACCUGGCCAAUACCAUCCCUACGGUGAAGCAUGGUGGUGGCAGCAUCAUGCUGUGGGGAUGUUUUUCAGCAGCAGGGACUGGGAGAUUAGUCAGGAUCGAGGGAAAGAUGAACGGAGCAAAGUACAGAGAAAUCCUUGAUGAAAACCUGCUCCAGAGCACUCAGGACCUCAGACUGGGGCAAAGGUUCACCUUCUUACAGGACAACAACCCUAAGCACACAGCCAAGACAAGGCAGGAGUGGCGUCGGGACAAGUCUCUGAAUGUCCUUGAGUGAUCCAGCCAGAGCCCGGACUUGAACCCGAUCUAACGUCUCUGGAGAGACCUGAAAAUAGCUGUGCAGCGACGCUCCCCAUCCAACCUGACAGAGCCUGAGAGGAUCUGCAGAGAAGAAUGAGAGAAACUCCCCAAAUACAGGUGUGCCAAGCUUGUAGCGUCAUACCUAAGAUGACUCGAGGCUGUAAUCGCUGCCAAAGGUGCUUCAACAAAGUACUGAGUAAAGGGUCUGAAUACUUAUGUAAAUGUAUAUUUUUCAGUUAAUUUUGCAAAAAAAUCUAAAAGCCUGUUUUUGCUUUGUCAUUAUCGGGUAUUGUGUGUAGAUUGAUGGGGGGGAAAACAAUGUAAUCCAUUUUAGAAUAAGGCUGCAACGUAACAACAUGUGGAAAAAGUGAAGGGGUCUGAAUACUUUCCGAAUGCACUGUAUCCUUGGGCUUAGGACUAUUUAUUUGGAGGAGAUGUAAGCACAGAUGUGUUUGGUUUGCUUGUUUGUUUAUUGUGUUUUUGGUUAUGUAGUCUCUCUCUCUCUCUCUCUCUCUCUCUCUCUCUCUCUCUCUCGUGGACUCAGAUGAUGACAUGUCUGCUAACAUGUUUAAGGAGAGUUGUAUCACAGAGCAGACUCAGUACUUCUUUGACAACGAAGAGAGAUCCUACUCGGGAGUCCUCGACUGUGGAAACUGCUCCAGGUGUGUGUGUGUGUGUGUGUGUGUAAGUGAUGUCGAUUCCAAUAUCCUGACUCUUUCCUGGAUAAUAGCUUGCAGUGGGCAGUAAUAUUUGAAAUGUGUAUAUACAGUAUAUUUGAUAUUUUAUACAACAGGUGUGUCUAAUCCUGAAUGCUGAUUGGAUAAAACCGCAUUCCAGACAGUGUCUAUUCCACAAGUUACCACCGGCUAAAUCUAUGACACUGAAAUGCCUAUUUACUCUGUUCCAUCUGACUGCACAAUCCACUAUCUCAUCAGCCCAGCCAGACAAUUAUAUAAACUUGUUCUCCACUACAAAAAGCAUCUAGACUUUAUCUCACAUUUCUUUUAGACUAACAUUUAGUUUUCAACAGCGAAGAUUUCUAUAAACCUUGCUGUCUGUCUCUCCGAAAUUUGCAACAUUGUUUCAAAAUUCAAAUUCGAUCUCCAGCUGUUGCAUAGUAAUGAACAUGUCUGAAGUUGGAAUGAGACAGACAGGCAGGUUUUAUCAGCCAGUCGAAAUCAUGAAUUAGUAUAAUUUGUAGGGAUAUAUACAAACAAAUAUCAAUAGAAAACAGGUCAAACGAAAUGAAGUGCAGCUAGUUUGCAGUCUUUCAGUUUGAAGUGUUUGUGCUAGCUGUUUUGUUGGCUAGCUCUGAACAACAGUGUCCUGAUAAGAGAGCAAUAUUUUUUUGCCUGGUGAAAUCGCGCAUCAUUAGCUCAAUGUUAUGGAUGUAUCCAAAUAAAUGUCACUAGAAAACAUAUUAUGCAAAUGAAGCUAUUUGUUGUUAUUCUGGCUGGACUGUUUGACGUGUCUGUAAGUUAGCCGUAGUUGGCUAGCAAGCAAGCAAGGAAUGAGAACGUUGCCAGCCAGUUUGUCAAUAGAACAUUUAGAACGAAUGACUGUUGGUAGAAAUGCAGUGGGUACAGUGGGGAAAAAAAUUAUUUAGUCAGCCACCAAUUGUGCAAGUUCUCCCACUUAAAAAUAUGAGAGAGGCCUGUAAUUUUCAUCAUAGGUACACGUCAACUAUGACAGACAAAUUGAGAAAAAAAAUCCAGAAAAUGACAUUGUAGGAUUUUUUAUGAAUUUAUUUGCAAAUUAUGGUGGAAAAUAAGUAUUUGGUCACCUACAAACAAGCAAGAUUUCUGGCUCUCACAGACCUGUAACUUCUUCUUUAAGAGGCUCCUCUGUCCUCCACUCGUAACCUGUAUUAAUGGCACCUGUUUGAACUUGUUAUCAGUAUAAAAGACACCUGUCCACAACCUCAAACAGUCACACUCCAAACUCCACUAUGGCCAAGACCAAAGAGCUGUCAAAGGACACCAGAAACAAAAUUGUAGACCUGCACCAGGCUGGGAAGACUGAAUCUGCAAUAGGUAAGCAGCUUGGUUUGAAUAAAUCAACUGUGGGAGCAAUUAUUAGGAAAUGGAAGACAUACAAGACCACUGAUAAUCUCCCUCGAUCUGGGGCUCCACGCAAGAUCUCACCCCGUGGGGUCAAAAUGAUCACAAGAACGGUGAGCAAAAAUCCCAGAACCACACGGGGGGACCUAGUGAAUGACCUGCAGAGAGCUGGGACCAAAGUAACAAAGCCUACCAUCAGUAACACACUACGCCGCCAGGGACUCAAAUCCUGCAGUGCCAGACGUGUCCCCCUGCUUAAGCCAGUACAUGUCCAGGCCCGUCUGAAGUUUGCUAGAGUGCAUUUGGAUGAUCCAGAAGAGGAUUGGGAGAAUGUCAUAUGGUCAGAUGAAACCAAAAUAUAACUUUUUGGUAAAAACUCAACUCGUCGUGUUUGGAGGACAAAGAAUGCUGAGUUGCAUCCAAAGAACACCAUACCUACUGUGAAGCAUGGGGGUGGAAACAUCAUGCUUUGGGGCUGUUUUUCUGCAAACGGACCAGGACGACUGAUCCGUGUAAAGGAAAGAAUGAAUGGGUCACGUAUCGUGAGAUUUUGAGUGAAAACCUCCUUCCAUCACCAAGGGCAUUGAAGAUGAAACGUGGCUGGGUCUUGCAGCAUGACAAUGAUCCCAAACACACCGCCCGGGCAACGAAGGAGUGGCUUCGUAAGAAGCAUUUCCAGGUCCUGGAAUGGCCUAGCCAGUCUCCAGAUCUCAACCCCAUAGAAAAUCUUUGGAGGGAGUUGAAAGUCCGUGUUGCCCAGCGACAGCCGCAAACAUCACUGCUCUAGAGGAGAUCUGCAUGGAGGAAUGGGCCAAAAUACCAGCAACAGUGUGUGAAAACCUUGUGAAGACUUACAGAAAACGUUUGACCUGUGUCAUUGCCAACAAAGGGUAUAUAACAAAGUAUUGAGAAACUUUUGUUAUUGACCAAAUACUUAUUUUCCACCAUAAUUUGCAAAUAAAUUCAUUAAAAAUCCUACAAUGUGAUUUUCAGGAUUUUUUUUUCUCACUUUGUCUGUCAUAGUUGACGUGUACCUAUGAUGAAAAUUACAGGCCUCUCUCAUCUUUUUAAGUGGGAGAACUUGCACAAUUGGUAGCUGACUAAAUACUUUUUUCCCCCAUUGUAUAUGAGCCCCAUGCGCCUGACUUUUUUCUCUUCAAUAUUAACAAGUAAAGACACUUAGAUACAGAACAAAAAUACUUAACGACUGGGUCGCAUCUCUGGCAACGGAACUGAUAGAACGAACGACCAGCCGGCUUGGGUAGUAACCCUAGAUUGGUGUCGGGACUAUAUCUUGUGGAUGGUAUAGUAUGAAUAAAUUCAUAAAAAUAACAUUUUUAAUGAAAAUAUGUAAAUCAUUAUUUGAAUGUGUUGGUAACACGUUGCAUAAAAGUGAUAAUGCCCUCGAAGCCGGUGUUUGUAGGAUAUAUUGGCAUGGUUUGCCUAACAACACCCAUGCCAUUAAAUCUUCCAAACACCAGCUCCUCUGGCAUUAUCACUUAAAUAAAUACCUCACAUGGGAUUUUUUAAUUAAUUUUUUGUCAUUUAGCAGACGCUCUUAUCCAGAGCGACUUACAGUUAGUGAGUGCAUACAUUUUUCAUACUGGCCCCCCGUGGGAAACAAACCCACAACCCUGGCAUUGCAAGCGCCAUGCUCUACCAACUGAGCUACAGGGGACUUGUAAUGAGACUAAGCAAUUAGCCUAUUAAAAUGUUUAUCUGACUCCAUAAAGAUAAUUAAAAUAUACAAGCAAGCAUUAGGCAAUUAGUUGACGUUGACUAGCAAGAGUUGGUCUGAGAAUUGUCUAUAUCAAAGGCAGAUAUUUAAUGAACAUUGUACAAUGAAUAGCAUAAAGCUUAAGUUACAAAGCAUUAACAAGCAUAACAAGGCAUUAUUCUAAGCAUGUAGAUCCUAAGGUUAACCUACAGGACAAAGUACAGUGGGGGAAAAAAGUAUUUAGUCAGCCACCAAUUGUGCAAGUUCUCCCACUUAAAAAGAUGAGAGAGGCCUGUAAUUUUCAUCAUAGGUACAAGUCAACUAUGACAGACAAAAUGAGGAGAAAAAAUCCUGAAAAUCACAUUGUAGGAUUUUUAAUGAAUUUAUUUGCAAAUUAUGGUGGAAAAUAAGUAUUUGGUCACCUACAAACAAGCAAGAUUUCUGGCUCUCACAGACCUGUAAGUUCUUCUUUAAGAGGCUCCUCUGUCCUCCACUCGUUACCUGUAUUAAUGGCACCUGUUUGAACUUGUUAUCAGUAUAAAAGACAACUGUCCACAACCUCAAACAGUCACACUCCAAACUCCACUAUGGCCAAGACCAAAGAGCUGUCAAAGGACACCAGAAACAAAAUUGUAGACCUGCACCAGGCUGGGAAAACUGAAUCUGCAAUAGGUAAGCAGCUUGGUUUGAAGAAAUCAACUGUGGGAGCAAUUAUUAGGAAAUGGAAGACAUACAAGACCACUGAUAAUCUCCCUCGAUCUGGGGCUCCACGCAAGAUCUCACCCCGUGGGGUCAAAAUGAUCACAAGAACGGUGAGCAAAAAUCCCAGAACCACACGGGGGGACCUAGUGAAUGACCUGCAGAGAGCUGGGACCAAAGUAACAAAGCCUACCAUCAGUAACACACUACGCCGCCAGGGACUCAAAUCCUGCAGUGCAAGACGUGUCCCCCUGCUUAAGCCAGUACAUGUCCAGGCCCGUCUGAAGUUUGCUAGAGUGCAUUUGGAUGAUCCAGAAGAGGAUUGGGAGAAUGUCAUAUGGUCAAAUGAAACCAAAAUAUAACUUUUUGGUAAAAACUCAACUCGUCGUGUUUGGAGGACAAAGAAUGCUGAGUUGCAUCCAAAGAACACCAUACCUACUGUGAAGCAUGGGGGUGGAAACAUCAUGCUUUGGGGCUGUUUUUCUGCAAAGGGACCAGGACGACUGAUCCGUGUAAAGGAAAGAAUGAAUGGGGCCAUGUAUCGUGAGAUUUUGAGUGAAAACCUCCUUCCAUCAGCAAGGGCAUUGAAGAUGAAACGUGGCUGGGUCUUUCAGCAUGACAAUGAUCCCAAACACACCGCCCGGGCAACGAAGGAGUGGCUUCGUAAGAGGCAUUUCAAGGUCCUGGAGUGGCCUAGCCAGUCUCCAGAUCUCAACCCCAUAGAAAAUCUUUGGAGGGAGUUGAAAGUCCGUGUUGCCCAGCGACAGCCCCAAAACAUCACUGCUGUAGAGGAGAUCUGCAUGGAGGAAUGGGCCAAAAUACCAGCAACAGUGUGUGAAAACCUUGUGAAGACUUACAGAAAACGUUUGACCUGUGUCAUUGCCAACAAAGGGUAUAUAACAAAGUAUUGAGAAACUUUUGUUAUUGACCAAAUACUUAAUUUCCACCAUAAUCUGCAAAUAAAUUCAUUAAAAAUCCUACAAUGUGAUUUUCAGGAUUUUUUUUUCUCAUUUUGUCUGUCAUAGUUGACGUGUACCUAUGAUGAAAAUUACAGGCCUCUCUCAUCUUUUUAAGUGGGAGAACUUGCACAAUUGGUGGCUGACUAAAUACUUUUUUUCCCCACUGUAUAUCAACUGGCUUACCUGGUUAAAUAAAGGUUAAAUAUAAAAUAAAAAACAGGACAAAGCAUGAACAAAGAGAUGAUUACUAGGCCAGAGGCCUAGAAGCCUAGGAAAUGAGAACUGGUCAUACAAAGGCAUUUAAUUUCAUUUAUAACAGGUAGCUUAGUGGGUAAGAGCAUUGUGCCAGUAACCGAAAGGUCGCUGGUUCUAAUCCCCGAGCCGACUAGGUGAAAAAUCUGUCGAUGUGCCCUUGAGCAAGGCACUUAACCCUAAUUGCUCCUGUAAGUCGCUCUGGAUAAGAGCGUCUGCUAAAUAAAAAAAAUAUAAAUAUAAAAUAUAUAACAUCUGAAGCUGUAACCUUUCUACCCAAAACCAACCACCAUUGACCAAUCAAAUGAUACCAAGUUUACAGUAACCUAAACACUCCCAGGCCCAAUCUCCACAGGGUGUCACAGCAUUUAAAGGCUUGUGUGGGAGAUGAGACCAAUGUAAAUAAGACAGAAUUCCUGAGAGGACCAUACAACCAUUUUGCAUGUAGUAAUUCAGAGUUCACCCUAUACAAAUACAAGGAACCACAGAGAUCAUACAUACAGUACCAGUUAAAAGUUUGGAAACACCUACUCAUUACAGGGUUUUACUUUCUUUUUUACGAUUUUCUACAUUGUAGAAUAAUAGUGAAGACAUCAAAACUAUGAAAUAACACAUACGGAAAAAUGUAGUAACCAAAAAAGUGUAAAACAAAACAAAAUAUAUUUUACAUUUGAGAUUCUUCAAAGUAGCCACCCUUUGCCUUGAUGACAGCUUUGCACACUCUUGGCAUUCUCUCAACCAGCUUCACGAGGUAGUCACCUGGAAUGCAUUUCAAUUAACACGUGUGCCUUGUUAAAAGUUAAUUUGUGGAAUUUCUUUCCUUCUUAAUGCGUUUGAGCCAAUCAGUUGUGUUGUGACAAGGUAGGGGUGGUACACAGAAGAUAGCCCUAUUUGGUAAAAGACCAAGUCCAUAAUAUGGCAAGAACAGCUCAAAUAAGCAAAGAGAAAUGACAGUCCAUCAUUACUUUAAGACAUGAAGGUCAGUCAAUCCGGAAAAUUUCAAGAACUUUGAAAGUUUCUUCAAGUGCAGUCACAAAAACCAUCAAGCGCUAUGAUGAAACUGGCUCUCACGAGGACCGCCACAGGAAUACCCAGAGUUACCUCUUCUGCAGAGGAUAAGUUCAUUAGAGUUAUCAGCCUCAGCAAUUGCAGCCCAAAUAAAUACUUCACAGUGUUCAAGUAACAGACACAUCUCAACAUCAACUGUUCAGAGGAGACUGCAUGAAUUAGGCCUUCAUGGUCGAAUUGCUGCAAAGAAACCACUACUAAAGGACACCAAUAAGAAGAAAAGACUUGCUUGGGCCAAGAAACACGAGCAGUGGACAUUAGACCGGUGGAAAUCUGUCCUUUGGUCUGAUAAAUCCAAAUUUGAGAUGUUUGGUUCAAACCGCCGUGUCUUUGUGAGACGCAGAGUAGGUGAACGGAUGAUCUCUGCAUGUAUGGUUCCCACCGUGAAGCAUGGAGGAGGAGGUGUGGGGGUGCUUUGCUGUUGACACUGUCAGUGAUUUAUUUACAAUUCAAGGCAUUCUGCAGCGAUACGCCAUCCCAUCUGGUUUGCGCUUAGUGGGACUAUCAUUUGUUUUUCAACAGGACAGUGACCCAACACACCUCCAGGCUGUGUAAGGGCUAUUUGACCAAGAAGGAGAGUGAUGGAGUGCUGCAUCAGAUUACCUGGCCUCCACAAUCACCUGACCUCAACCCAAUUGAGAUGAUUUGGGAUGAGUUGGACCACAGAGUGAAGGAAAAGCAGCCAACAAGUGCUCAGCAAAUGUAGGAACUCCUUCAAGACUGUUGGAAAAGCAUUCCAGGUGAAGCUGGUUGAGAGAAUGCCAAGAGUGUGCAAAGCUUUUAUCAAAGCAAAGGGUGGUUACUUUCAAGAAUCUAAAUAUAAAAUAUAUUUUGAUUUGUUUUGAUGUCUUUACUUUAUUCUACAAUGUAGAAUAUAGUAAAAAUAAAGAAAAACCCUUGAAUGAGUAGGUGUGUCCAAACUUUUGACUGGUACUGUACAUAUAGAUAGCAUAAAAGUUAUCCUCAGUGAACCAGUUUCAGAUAGAUACCAUACAUGGAUACUAUUCUAUUAUUAUAUCCCAUUCAAUAUUCAGUGCUCUGAAUACUGUAACAGAGAGAUUUACAUUUUGGCACCUCAGAGAGGGAAGGGCUGACUAGUCCUUGGGCAUUGUCCUUUGUUCCUGGACCAUUUGCCUUGCAACUCCAGGUAUCAAAGAGCACAUAAAUUAGGGCCGAGCCUACAAGCCGAUCCCGGUAUGUCAUCCUCUGGUGAGGUAGAUCCGGAAUGGGGUCAGUUUCCUGCCCUCCUCUGUGUUUUCCUGCUCUUUCCAGGCAGCUGCUGCCGGCUGGGCUCUGAACAGACACAUAUUACAAAGAUCUGUCAGGAGCUUGACACAGAGGGAAACACUGUUUACUGAGAGCUCUCUCCCAAUCAUUUACCCCUGUGUAUGUGUUGCAACUCACACAUGGUGUGGGGGUUGAAUGUUGGUAGAAAUGCAGUGGGUAUAUGAGCCCCAUUCGCCUGACUUUGUUCUCUUCAAUGUUAACAACUAAAGACACUUAAACUUGAAUGAGUGCCAUAAAGAAAGAGCCAUUCCACAGACGGAGAGGGUUUCUCCACUGCCCUGUAGUAUGUGUGUGAUUUAGUAUUGGCUGUGUGUAUGUCUGAACCACAUAUAUAUCACCACGGUAGCGCAUGUGUGUGAUGAUGCGGGCGGCAGGAACGGACAGCUUUUAUAGUUUACUCUCAUCUGAGACAGUUGAAGAACAUGUUGUGUGAAAGCUUUGUUAGUCUGUUGGGAGUGUGUUUCCCUGUGUGUUCGGGUUGGAAUCUGGUAGAGCUGUCUCUCCGGCUCUCUGCUGGAAUAAAAGUGAAUUCCAUUGAAGGAAUAAUAGGGUAUUCCAAUGAAUGGAAGUGCAGUGGUGUGUAUUCAUGGAUGCCAAGGGAAGCCAGGCUUCCCCAAAUAAAAUACAAAUAUUUUAAAAAAUGUAUCUUUCGUCUCUCUGUUUCAUAGUUUUCCUUCAAUUGGCAAGUGGCUUUCUCAACUGAGAAAUCAUCAGAGCGAGGGUAACAGUGCCCCUGUGUCUCAGUAUGUGUAGCCCAUGUAUCUGAUGCUAUCUGGUCAAAAAAAUAGUAUGACAUGUUGGCAUGUUGCCGCCGGUAGCAUUGAAUUCAAUUGCAAGUGAUGCCAGAUAGCAUUUGGCCUCCCUUGAUAAUUUUUUAAAUAAAAUAAUAACCAAUCCGCAUUGAUCUGAGCUGAGUGAGCUCAACUGUGAAUGGUCCUCGCACAGCAAAAAAAUAAAAUAUGUCAAGGAAGGCCAGUUUGGAUUUGACUCCCCACCAAUCAAAUCACACCAAAGCAAAACGUAAUUGUUAGCUUCUGGUCUGUGUCAUUGUCCUGCAGUAGCUAGCUAUAGAUAGGGAUGGGGAUCCAGAGUUUCUAGUUCAAAACGAUUUUGUAGCAGCUGAAAAUCAAGGAGAAUGGGAGGCCCCUGUGUUUCCCUGUUGGCAUAUUAUUAUUAUUAUUACAAAGUGGAGUCUUUGUUUUGACAUGUAGCUAGCUAGCUAGCUAAACAAUGAACCAUAAUCCCAACCCAUACAACACAAACAUAUUGUCAUAUCUAGCCACCAUGCAUGAAAUGCUGUAGUAUGAAUCUGCAGGUAGAUAAAGCUAACCAACUAGGUUCAAUGCUAGCUAGCUAGCUAACAUUAGGCUAUAACUAGAAAUGCAAAUACAUCUCUGAGAUACAAAUAAUAUUACUACACAGAUCAUACACGUAACGUUAUAGCGAGCCAGCAAGGUAACAUUCGCUAGCUAGCUAACAGGACACUUUAACUUGUAAUAAAAACAACUUUCUGACAAAAUUAGAAAUGAAUAAUAUCUGAAAAUGUUACUAGACUCUUACCCGUAUACACGGAUGAAUGCUUCAUGGCAGACUGGAACCACUUUAACUAAGAUAGAUGUCCUGUGUUGUUUCCAUUUUGAUUGUAGCUAACACAUCAAAAUGUGGAAUAAGUCAAGGGGUAUGAAUACUUUCUGAAGGCACUGUAUGUGGUUGAAUUUUUUCCGCCACUCUGUGACACUUGUCUCUGUGAAACAAUGUAGUCUAUGGCUUAUCGGCCUUAUAUCGGAUAUCACGGUGCCUUAGAAAUGCAUUUCUAAUAGAGCAAACAACACAAUUAUCACAACAUACUGUAUGUUGUAAAAUAAAAUAUCCUGGUUUGGCUUCCCCAUUUAUUUUACCCAUGCACCGCUACUGGGAAAGUGUUCUCUCAUGUGUGAAGUAUUUAGAUGGUUAGCAUUCCUCUCCUCUCAUCCUUUCAGUAUGUACAGUAUAUUGCUGAGUAGCUUACUAACACCUUGUGUGUUUGCGUGUGUAUGUUUCAGGAUGUAUCGAGCUGAGAAGCUGCCCAACACCAACCUGGUGUUUCUGAUCACUGAUGCCAAGGCUACCUGUCUGUCCUGUGACCCCAGACCACUACGACAGGCGGAGCAACCCUGUAUCCUUGCGCACACAUACACACACAAACACACACACACACAAAUCGUAUUGCAUUCAUUUAGUCAGUAUUACUGCUAGAUUGAAAACUUUUAUUCUCAUAGUAUAAAUUAAUAUGGAGCUGUGUAUCUGAAUGGAACAUCUGGAACCCACGUUGGGAUCACUUUCAAUCAGUGUAAAGUGUAAGUUUGUAUGUGUGCGUGUCUACGAGACAUACAGUGGGGAAAAAAAGUAUUUUGUCAGCAACCAAUUGUGCAAGUUCUCCCACUUAAAAAGAUGAGAGAGGCCUGUAAUUUUCAUCAUAGGUACACGUCAACUAUGACAGACAAAUUGAGAAAAAAAUUUCCAGAAAAUCACAUUGUAGGAUUUUUAAUGAAUUUAUUUGCAAAUUAUGGUGGAAAAUAAGUAUUUGGUCACCUACAAACAAGCACAAUUUCUGGCUCUCACAGACCUGUAACUUCUUCUUUAAGAGGCUCCUCUGUCCUCCACUCGCUACCUGUAUUAAUGGCACCUGUUUUAACUUGUUAUCAGUAUAAAAGACACCUGUCCACAACCUCAAACAGUCACACUCCAAACUCCACUAUGGCCAAGACCAAAGAGCUGUCAAAGGACACCAGAAACAAAAUUGUAGACCUGCACCAGGCUGAGAAGACUGAAUCUGCAAUAGGUAAGCAGCUUGGUUUGAAGAAAUCAACUGUGGGAGCAAUUAUUAGGAAAUGGAAGACAUACAAGACCACUGAUAAUCUCCCUCGAUCUGGGGCUCCACGCAAGAUCUCACCCCGUGGGGUCAAAAUUAUCACAAGAACGGUGAGCAAAAAUCCCAGAACCACACGGGGGGACCUAGUGAAUGACCUGCAGAGAGCGGGACCAAAGUAACAAAGCCUACCAUCAGUAACACACUACGCCGCCAGGGACUUAAAUCCUGCAAUGCCAGACGUGUCCCUCUGCUUAAGCCAGUACAUGUCCAGGCCCGUCUGAAGUUUGCUAGAGUGCAUUUGGAUGAUCCAGAAGAGGAUUGGGAGAAUGUCAUAUGGUCAGAUGAAACCAAAAUAGAACUUUUUGGUAAAAACUCAACUCGUCGUGUUUGGAGGACAAAGAAUGCUGAGUUGCAUCCAAAGAACACCAUACCUACUGUGAAGCAUGGGGGUGGAAACAUCAUGCUUUGGGGCUGUUUUUCUGCAAAGGGACCAGGACGACUGAUCCGUGUAAAGGAAAGAAUGAAUGGGGCCAUGUAUCGUGAGAUUUUGAGUGAAAACCUCCUUCCAUCAGCAAGGGCAUUGAAGAUGAAACGUGGCUGGGUCUUUCAGCAUGACAAUGAUCCCAAACACACCGCCCGGGCAACGAAGGAGUGGCUUCGUAUGAAGCAUUUCAAGGUCCUGGAGUGGCCUAGCCAGUCUCCAGAUCUCAACCCCAUAGAAAAUCUUUGGAGGGAGUUGAAAGUCUGUGUUGCCCAGCGACAGCCCCAAAACAUCACUGCUCUAGAGGAGAUCUGCAUGGAGGAAUGGGCCAAAAUACCAGCAACAGUGUGUGAAAACCUUGUGAAGACUUACAGAAAACGUUUGACCUGUGUCAUUGCCAACAAAGGGUAUAUAACAAAGUAUUGAGAAACUUUUGUUAUUGACCAAAUACUUAUUUUCCACCAUAAUCUGCAAAUAAAUUCAUUAAAAAUCCUACAAUGUGAUUUUCUGGAAUUUUCUUUCUCAUUUUGUCUGUCAUAGUUGACGUGUACCUAUGAUGAAAAUUACAGGCCUCUCUCAUCUUUUUAAGUGGGAGAACUUGCACAAUUGGUGGCUGACUAAAUACUUUUUUUCCCCACUGUAUGUGUCUGGGGCUUUAGAUUCCUGAUGAUGUAACAGUAAAAGUGUCAUCAUCAGAGGUCAGAGAGGGGUCAAACAAGAGGCCUGUAGUUUAUUACAGCUCAAUAUGCUGCUAAUGAGGACAAACACACACACUCACACACACACAUAAAACAUACACACUCUUUUGCACACAACUGAGAGGUUGUUCAAUCAUGGUGUCAUGUUCAAUCAUGGGGGUGAUAUUUAUUAUGGAGUUGUUAAAGGGUAAUACACUUCCAAAGACAGGGUGAUACACAGGUUAGCGUUUUUCAUCAUGAAUCUUGUUCUGGAGGCAGCUCUGCAGAGUGGUCAAUAGCUGGCACUACCACAAAGUCAUAAAAUCUGAUUUUAAACCUAACACUAACCUUAUCCCUAACCUUAACCACACUGCUAACCCUAAUGCCUAACCUUAAAAUAUUUUUUCCCCCAUUAAUUUUUACAAUAGAGACUAUCUUGACUUUGCAGCUGGCCCAUCUAGUGGACAUCGCUCAGUUCUGCUUCCAGAACAAGACUCAUCCCAAUAAACGUCAACCUGUGGGAGAUACAUCUGAGUUUGUAAGGCAGUGUGUUAAAGAUGUGAUUUAGAGAUGUAUGUUUGACCAAGAUGUGUCGGUAUUUAAGAUCAGUGUUGCAGAUUUGUUUGUGUGUUAGUAUUUCCUUAGUGUGUGUGUGCAGCCCAAGGUCCAGAUCGCUGUGAGCUGGCUCAGAACCCCAGGUACAGGAAAGGACCUGACGUGUGUUUCGACAACAACGUAGACGUAAGUCAAACACGUGCGCACACGUAUUUUAUUUUUCUCCAUCUCUCUAUUUAUCUCUCUCUCUCUCUCUCUCUCUUGCUCCUUCUCUCUCUUCCCAUCUCUUGGUUUGGAUGUUCUUCAUUGCCCGAUUGCAUUAAUUGGUUUGUAUCUUUUUUUAAAUUCAUACUUUGGUCUCAGGGAUAUUUUCUGUGUGAAAACUAACGAACAGGUUGCUUGCAUGACAGGUCUUCUCAUGUUCAUUCUCUCAUAUGUCUGAUAUAUUUUAUGAAGUUAUAUUAUCCUGAAAUUUAUACCAUUUAUACUGACUUUCAUUAACUGUUACUAACUGUCAUUUCGUGUUUUAGCAUGACACCCUCAUUUUCAUCUUUCUUUUACAUGCUUUCUUUCUCCUUGUCUCUGUCCUUCUAUUUCCAUAGUUCAUCCUUCAUUUUGCAUCUCCAUUGGCUGCUGCUCAUGUCUGUCAUGGUAGGACGAGCCCCUGUAUCCAAUCAGUGACGUCUCUGGUCUGAGUCCCGUCCCCCUCCUCAUGUUAAUGCAGGUGUUGAUGCUGGGCCCAGGGACAGUGUCCGUCAAUAAAAUCUGAACUGAGACCUGUGUCUCUACACCACUGUUGAUAGUCAGGUGUUACAUACAGCAGCUACUAACUGACCUGAAAUCUGCUGAUAGGCCUUAAACACAACCACUACUAAAAUAUUCACCCCCCUUGGCAUUUUUCCUAUUUUGUUGCCUUACAACCUGGAAUUAAAAUUGAUUUUGGGGGGGUUUGUAUCAUUUGAUUUACACAACAUGCCUACCACUUUGAAGAUGCAAAAUAAUUUUUUGGGUGAAACAAACAAGAAAUAAGACCAAAAAAAAAAAAGACUUGAGCGUGCAUAAUUAUUAUGGCUCUACAAAGUCAAUACUUUGUAGAGCCACCUUUUGCAGCAAUUACAGCUGAAAGUCUCUUGGGGCAUGUCUCUAUAAGCUUGGCACAUCUAGCCACUGGGAUUUUUGCCCAUUCUUCAAGGCAAAACUGCUCCAGCUCCUUCAAGUUGGAUGGGUUCCACUGGUGUACAGCAAUCUUUAAGUCAUACCACAGAUUCUCAAUUGGAUUGAGGUCUGGGCUUUGACUAGGCCCUUCCAAGACAUUUAAAUGUUUCCCCUUAAACCACUCGAGUGUUGCUUUAGCAGUAUGCUUAGGGUCAUUGUCCUGCUGGAAAGUGAACCUCCGUCCCAGUCUCAAAUCUCUGCAAGACUGAAACAGAUUUCCCUCAAGAAUUUCCCUGUAUUUAGCGCCAUCCAUCAUUCCUUCAAUUCUGACCAGUUUCCCAGUCCCUGCCAAUGAAAAAUAGGAUGGUAUUCUCGGGGUGAUGAGAGGUGUUGGGUUUUCGCCAGACAUAGCGUUUUCCUUGAUGGCCAAUAAGCUCAAAUUUAGUCUCAUCUUUAAGCAAUGGCUUUUUUCUGGCCACUCUUCCAUAAAUCCCAGCUCUGUGACGUGUACGGCUUAAAGUAGUCGUAUGGACAGAUACUCCAAUCUCCGCUGUGGAGCUUUGCAGCUCCUUCUGGGUUAUCUUUGGUCUCUUUGUUGCCUCUCUGAUUAAUGCCCUCCUUGCCUGGUCCGUGAGUUUUGGUGGGCGGCCCUCUCUUGGCAGGUUUGUUGUGGUGCCAUAUUCUUUCAAUUUUUUUAUAAUGGAUUUAAUGGUGCUCCGUGGGAUGUUCAAAGUUUCUGAUAUUUUUUUAUAACCCAACCCUGAUCUGUACUUCUCCACAACUUUGUCCCUGACCUGUUUGGAGAGCUCCUUGGUCAUCAUGGUGCCGCUUGCUUGGUGGUGCCCCUUGCUUAGUGGUGUUGCAGACUCUGGGGCCUUUCAGAACAGGUGUAUAUAUAUAUACUGAGAUCAUGUGACAGAUCAUGUGACACUUAGAUUGCACACAGGUGGACUUUAUUUAACUAAUUAUGUAACAUCUGAAGGUAAUUGGUUGCACCUGAUCUUAUUUAGGGGCUUCAUAGCAAAGGUGGUGAAUACAUACAGUGGGGAAAAAAAGUAUUUAGUCAGCCACCAAUUGUGCAAGUUCUCCCACUUAAAAAGAUGAGAGAGGCCUGUAAUUUUCAUCAUAGGUACACGUCAACUAUGACAGACAAAUUGAGAAAAGAAAAUCCAGAAAAUCACAUUGUAGGAGCUUUAAUGAAUUUAUUUGCAAAUUAUGGUGGAAAAUAAGUAUUUGGUCACCUACAAACAAGCAAGAUUUCUGGCUCUCACAGACCUGUAACUUCUUCUUUAAGAGGUUCCUCUGUCCUCCACUUGUUACCUGUAUUAAUGGCACCUGUUUGAACUUGUUAUCAGUAUAAAAUACAUCUGUCCACAACCUCAAACAGUCACACUCCAAACUCCACUAUGGCCAAGACCAAAGAGCUGUCAAAGGACACCAGAAACAAAAUUGUAGACCUGCACCAGGCUGGGAAGACUGAAUCUGCAAUAGGUAAGCAGCUUGGUUUGAAGAAAUCAACUGUGGGAGCAAUUAUUAGGAAAUGGAAGACAUACAAGACCACUGAUAAUCUCCCUCGAUCUGGGGCUCCACGCAAGAUCUCACCCCGUGGGGUCAAAAUGAUCACAAGAACGGUGAGCAAAAAUCCCAGAACCACACGGGGGGACCUAGUGAAUGACCUGCAGAGAGCUGGGACCAAAGUAACAAAGCCUACCAUCAGUAACACACUACGCCGCCAGGGACUCAAAUCCUGCAGUGCUAGACGUGUCCCCCUGCUUAAGCCAGUACAUGUCCAGGCCCGUCUGAAGUUUGCUAGAGUGCAUCCAGAAGAGGAUUGGGAGAAUGUCAUAUGGUCAGAUGAAACCAAAAUAUAACUUUUUGGUAAAAACUCAACUCGUCGUGUUUGGAGGACAAAGAAUGCUGAGUUGCAUCCAAAGAACACCAUACCUACUGUGAAGCAUGGGAGUGAAAACAUCAUACUUUGGGGCUGUUUUUCUGCAAAGGGACCAGGACGACUGAUCCGUGUAAAGGAAAGAAUGAAUGGGGCCAUGUAUCGUGAGAUUUGGAGUGAAAACCUCCUUCCAUCAGCAAGGGCAUUGAAGAUGAAACGUGGCUGGGUCUUUCAGCAUGACAAUGAUCCCAAACACACCGCCCGGGCAACGAAGGAGUGGCUUCGUAAGAAGCAUUUCAAGAUCCUGGAGUCUCCAGAUCUCAACCCCAUAGAAAAUCUUUGGAGGGAGUUGAAAGUCCGUGUUGCCCAGCGACAGCCCCAAAACAUCACUGCUCUAGAGGAGAUCUGCAUGGAGGAAUGGGCCAAAAUACAUGCAACAGUGUGUGAAAACCUUGUGAAGACUUACAGAAAACGUUUGACCUGUGUCAUUGCCAACAAAGGGUAUAUAACAAAGUAUUGAGAAACUUUUGUUAUUGACCAAAUACUUAUUUUCCACCAUAAUUUGCAAAUAAAUUCAUUAAAAAUCCUACAAUGUGAUUUUCUGGAAUUUUUUUCCUCAUUUUGUCUGUCAUAGUUGACGUGUACCUAUGAUGAAAAUUACAGGCCUCUCUCAUCUUUUUAAGUGGGAGAACUUGCACAAUUGGUGGCUGACUAAAUACUUUUUUUCCCCACUGUAUGCACGCACCACUUUUCAGUUAUUUAUUUUUUUGAAACAAGUUAUUUUUUUCAUUUCACUUCACCAAUUUUGACUAUUUUGUGUAUGUCCAUUACAUGAAAUCCAAAUAAAAAUCCAUUUAAAUUACAGGUUGUAAUGCAACAAAAUAGGAAAAACGACAAGGGGGAUGAAUACUUUUGCAAGGGACUGUAUGUGGUAAUAAUGAUUACCUGGCUUCUAGUACUGUAGCUACUUCCUUCAAAUAAUUAAACACACUUGGAUAAUCCCAGAGCAAAAGAAAAAUAAGGUACCACUACAGUAUAUCAUGUAAUUCUAUACCAGGUGAAUAGUGUACUGUAGAGUAAAAGGGAUGUGAAUAGAAUGUGACUGAUGGUGAGAAGGCUGCUGCUGUGAAUGUGACAUCAUCUCCAACUCUGAACAAUACUGACAUCCCUCAUGUAAAUAUUUAACAUACCCCACAGUAAUUCCCAUGUCUAUUCUGACACACCGUCUUUGUACUACCCGUUAUAGACCGGUCACACACACAGGCCGGUUGCAAUCUUUAGGGUGGCCUGGGAAUGGAAGGUACAGGUAUUGUACAGCAGAUGUAGAUCGUCUAUGGUGAGUGAAAGUAGGACAAAGCCCUCUCCCCACAGCUGAACUAUGGAAGUUGCUCUGCAGUCUAUAUUCCCUCUAGAGUAAAUAGAGGAGGUGCCAGAUGGGUUUCCUGCCUUUGACAGUGUGCAGUACACUCACACACACAAAGGCCAAGGACACACAAGGAUAUCCUUAACACUGGCAUCAAACAGCAGGAGGCCGAACACACACACACACACACACACACACACACACACACACACACACACACACACACACACACACACACACACACACACACACACACACACACACACACACACACACACACACACACACACACUGAACGUUCUAUAAUGUUGCACCCUUCUGAACGCAGAUAUGUGUGUUAUCUAUUAUUUGCCACCAUAAUCUGAGUUUGAAUUGUCUGAUUGGCUGCCUGUCUGAUUAACGUUUGUUGUGACCAAUAGGAGGAUGAGUCUGACUGUGGGGGCGGGACAUCUCUAAGCCCCUGCCUCUGGCCCAUGUUGGGACUCCAACUACUGCUGCUGUGGCUCCUCACUGGCCCCCGACACUCAUGA